GAAUGCGUUGAGAAUCCAUUGACUUCUUUGUGAAGCACAGAGGACACAGAGGUGUUAAUACACAACAAAACGAAAGCAAGCUCAGCAGCCAUCAGUGUUUUGAACGCCUCCUAUGGGUGGAAUUAGAAUUUGAAUCCCCAUUUAGGGCUGUCCUCUCUAUCGUUCAAUCUCACUCCUUCUCCUCCUCCCCUCUCUCGCUCUCUUUUUUUUUUUCUUUUCUUUUUUUUUUUUUCUUCAUCUUCUGCCCUGUGUCCCACCUCCCGGUUUUACUAUCAGCUUUCAGAGCUUCCAUUUACACACUGGCGGGGGGGGAGGGAAGAGAAUACAAAAUAAUAGAAAGGAUACAAAAGGCAAAACAAUAAGCAACAAUAGCAACAACAAAAAAGCACAUACAAAAAAAAACCAAACCAAAAACAACAACAAAAUCUAAACAAAAAAACCCCAACAAAACAAAAGAAGACUCGGCCUCCUGUAAGUUGCGCCCUGGCAUCUCAUUGAAAGAAGAUACAGGAGGUGAUAGAAAUAGACUAGAAAGGUAAGCUGGGGGCUCAGAUCUCUUGCAAAUGAAUGGCUUAUUCUCUGCAAAUUAAUAAGCACAAACCUGACCGCUACAAUGCGAGACAAAUGCAUACAUUUAAAGGGGCAGUGACACUCCUGCAAGCUGUGCAGAGCAUGGGUGUGAUAGAAAUAAAAUGAUGAUCACCCUGCUAUGGAUUUUGAUUUAAACAUACAAUAUUGAGAGUUCCCAGCACUAAAGGGGGAGGAGACAGAUGGAUUGUGAGCUGAUCUCCCCUUGUAAUGCAUGAUAUUUCCACUUUAAUAACCCCCUUUCUUCUCAUUUAUUAGUCCCCCCUCUCUUGUUUACACUGCUUGGGGGGGAACAAGCUAAUCCCUUUAUUAUACACGUCACAGUAAGCAUGCAUCCACUAAUCAAGCUUUAUGUAUUUAUUGGUCAUUUUAAUAAAACGGAUAUCUGGUUGAUGAUAUUGCACGUAUUGGCUAUAAAAGAGCGAGUUACACUCAAAGAGACUUUUUGUUUUGAUUAUAUUUAAAUAGUCCUGCAUUUUUUUUUUUAAAUGUGUGCUGUAUUAUUAUUAUUUUUGCAAAGCAGUGACAUGUAAAGAUUGUUUUUGUUGCCAUUUUUUUUUGUCUUUGACAGUAAUAUGGAUUUGUUUCAUAAUCUGCUCUGCAUGCUACAUUAGUGUAACAUUGUAUAUAUUUUAUUGGCCUUUUUCUUUCAUUCCCUUGCUUCACCCUCUCUCUCUCUAUCUUUUUUUAACCUCCCCCCCUCUCCUCCUUCUUUCUCCCCGUCACCUAUUCCCGCUUCAUUCUUCUAACCCCCCCACAGAUAACAAUAAAUGCCCAAGUUAAAUAAAGCUACGGAUCGGUACAUAAGAUUGUAACAAUGUCUGUUUAUUUUAAGCACUAUGUUCCAUGCAAACACAGCUUAUUUUGUAGUUUUACAGCGUUUCUGUACAACCCCCCCAUCCCCCUCCCCAUCAUAACCCUCCUGGGGCCUCACAGCACCUCCAACCUCUGCUAGCUUCCUGGGUAAUUGUGUUUUACAUUCCAUUUACACACUUUGUGCACUGUUGGUUUUUUAUAAUGAAGAAAUGCUUAUUUAUAUUUUUCAUCUAUUAUUUUAAAUUUUUCUAUUUUUUUAAAUUUAAUUUUAUAUUAUUUUAUGUGUUAUGGGUGCAUAAUCGAUAAACAUGUCUAAAUAAUUUUAUGAUGUGAUUUGUUUGAAUGUAUAUAGAAUUAUUGUACAAUUUCCCCGGGUAAUCCGGAUUUGGAAGGCUUUAUUUCUUGUGGUUUUACUGCUAGGCCUCUUAAAGAGACAGGGUACUCUGUUUAUUGCCGGCUCCUAAGAUAACUAUGCACUGAAUUCUUGCAUCGUUCAGCCCUCACACAACAUUUUCCUGCAUUAGAUAUUUUUCUGAGACUCAUUCAUUCAUUCAUUGUCCAGUUGGUGUUUUUACUUUCAUCUCUAAGAGCUAGAUUGAAAAAUAACUUGGAAAAAAAUAAUAAUCUAUUGAUCUUAUUUUAAAGUGUAUAAAACCGUUCUUAAAUGACUAUAAUUUCUAAAUGUUUUCGUUGUUGUUUUGGUGUGUCUGGAGCUUUUGAUUGGAAAUAAAAACACUGAAAAUAUAAUUGCUUUCAUAAUGUGUAACGCAAUGUUAAAAGGAUUGUUAACUACUAUUUGUGUUUAUAAACCUUUUAAAUGCGAAACCAUGCACUUUUAUUCUAAGCGGUUUAUUUUAUACUUUGCAUACUUCUUAAAUCAUAUUUCUGUAAUGCUCUUUAUUUUGUAUAUAUGAUAUUGUGUGUCCUGAUGACUGGUUAGCGUGCUGUAUAUAGACAGACACCUAUCGCAAGAAAUACAGUGGCGAUUAUCUCACAUUUUAUUUGUAUUGUUUUUAAGACCUAAUUUACAAACUAAUGAUUGAAAGGUAUAUUACAUAGCUGUAAAAUAUUAUGAGCGCCAUGGUUCUGCUGUAUUUAUGUUUAAUAGUGUGUUUUGUUUUAAACUCUCAGUAAAACAGUUAUUUGCAAUGUAUGUGAACUUAGGUGUCCUGUUUACUUUUGAAUUAUUCAAUUUAUACAGAUGCAUACAGUGCAUUUUGAAAGUAUUCAGACACCUUCUUUUUUUACAUUUUUAUUUCUCAGUCUGCUACAGUUGUUUAUUAUUUGUUUCACAUCAUUCUACACUCAAUACCCCAUAAUUACAAAACAAACACUAGAAAACGUUGCAAAUGUAUUACAAAGAAAAGGCUGAAAUAUCACAUUGAGUAAAAGAGAUUUUGUAGUGUUACUAUUGUACCUUCUGGUCCCCCUAUCCCUUCGCACAUGAAGGGUAAAAAAAAACCCGAUUCCUCCACUCAUGUCCCUCUGUGCUAGGUCGACUCACUGCCUCAGCAGAACGGGGGACAUAAUGUGUGAACGCUGUGAGUGCAUUAGGCCAUGCCCAUAGGAAAGCAUUGCCAUCGUUACCACUGACGUUGGAUGCCGUUAUGGAGAGCGCAAGGACAUCAAGCAUUGUUGGUUUAAGGGACUCAGAGUCCGUUAGAGUUCCGGAAGCACCUCUAGUGGCUGUCUGACUGUCAGCCACAGGAGGCAUUCUUAGACCUGCAAAGUAAUCAUUGCAGUUUCUGGAAAACAUUGCAGGACUGAGGACGACAGGGACACUGCACCCAGACCACAUUAAUGAGAUUAAGUGGUCUGGGUGCCUUUAAGCAUUCAGACCCUUUCCUAUGUGCUUGAGAUUUAGCUCCGCCGCAUCCCAUUUCUCUGGAUCAUCUUUGUUAUUUCUAGAAUAUGAUUAAAGUCCACCCUUGGCAAAUUCAAUUGUUUGGAUGUGAUUUGGAAAGUCACACGCCUGCCUAUAUAAGAUUUCAUAGCUGUAAAUGCAUGUCAAAUCAAAAAAACAAACCAUGAGGUCAAAUGGUCUGAUGAUCAUGUUAGGUGAGUUUCAGAGAUAAUGUGUGGAGAUGAAAUAAACUUUUGGGAGGACAAAUACCAUUGCAACACUCUACCAAUCUGGCCCUUAUAACAAAUUGUUCACAUGGAAGUCUCUCCUCAUUGGAAGACACAUUAAAACCUAAUUGGAAUUUGCAAAAAAACAACCUAAAGGAAUCUGUGACUUUCUAGCCUGAUUGAACUGUUUGGCAUCAAUUCAAAGCAUCAUAUCUGGUGGAAACCAGGCACAACUCACCACCAGUGCAAUACCAUUCCAAUGGUGAAGCAUGGCACUAGUAUCUUUCUGUGCGGAUGUAUUUCUAAACCAGGGCCCAUGAGACUGGUCAGGGUUGAGGGAAAGCUGAAUGCUUAUGAAGAUAUUCCUAAUACUAUAGUGUCCCUGUCCUAAGGUCCCACCACACCCCAUUUGCCAUAAAAAUAAUAAAGUAAAGGUUUAUACUAACUGUCUUCUAGUGCCGAGGCUCAUUUGAUGCUGCCCACCCCUCUGCCUCCUGCAACAUCAUCGAUGAGGCACAGUCUCCUCCACUAUGAUCCUAUCCUGUGCUCUUUCUAGUGGAGUAUUUAGGACCUGAUGUACACCCCAAGUGUCGUGUGCGCAUUCAAGUUUCCCCAUAGGAAACCACUUUAUUCAAUGUUUUCCUAUGGGUUUCCAUGUCAUGUGAACAAGUUUUACUUAGUCAGUGCAGCGUAAGUGCCUCUAGUGGCUGUCAUACUUACCCUUGCACUGAAAGCAUUGUUUUACAUUGCAGGAUCACAAGGACAGGGACAGUGCGCACAGCCGGUUUCAUUGAUAUUAAAUGAUCUGGGUGCCUAUAGUGUCCCUGUAAUGAAUACCUGAUCCAGAGCAUUCGGGACCUCAAACUCGGCCAAAGGUUCACCUUCUAGCAAGAAAAUAGGAGAACACAGCCAAGACAAGACAAGAGUGGCUUAGGGAUAACUCUGAGAAUGUCCUUGAAUGACCCAGCCAGAGUCCAGACUUGAACCUGUCUGGAAAGAUCUGAAAAUAGUCCCCAGACAAACUGACAGAGAUUGGCAGAUUCUGCAGAGAUAAAGGGCAGAAGCUACCCAAAUUCAUUUGGUUAAAGCUUGUCUCAUCAUACCCAAAAAGACUUGAGGUCGUAAUCAUUGCCAAUAGUGCUUGAACUUAAGGGAACACUAUAGUGUCAGAAAUACAGCUGUGUAUUCCUGACACUAUAGAUGUAAAUAACUGUUUAGGCCCCUGGUUCCCCCUUACCUCCUGUUAAAACCUGUAUUCGAGGGUCUGGUCAUGACUAGCCCAAUCCAUGUUCCACCCCUCUGGCUGAGAUCAUCAAACUUAAUGAUCUGAGCCAAUCCAGUGCUUUCCCAUUGGAAAGCAUUAGGAGGCUAUUGCAUAUGCUCAGCACAACACUGUGCUGUGCCAACCAGCAUCUCCUCAUAGAGAUGCAUUGACUCAAUGCAUCUCUAUGGGUAAAGUUCAGCCCCUCCACGCAAAGCAUGGAGACACUAAACGUCAGUUCUGCACAUUGUGCCUUCCUCAUUUUCACCUAGUGUGUACCCCUCUCCAUGCCUACCAUUGCAUGCUUUGUGUGUCUCUACACCAAUCCCAUGGGUCUUUCACAACCACAGCUUAUGUCUCCCCAUCCUGUUUAGUAGGACUGAGCUGCAGCUGUCUCUGGCUGUCCAUUCAGUGACAGAUAUCAUCCAUGCUGCACAGAGUAGGGUGCAGUGGGUGUUGAAAAGUUGUGAAAGUAAACUCUCAACCUCACACUGCAUCAGCAUGUGCCUCUCCUCACCACACUUUCCAUGAUUUGGCAGCAGGGCCAUGUUAACUGCAGUUUAGGCCUUCAGGCAAAUAUGUGCACUGGGGCCCUGCAUAACCACUCACUUCAACUCAUUGAAGUGGUCUGGGUGGAGUGUCGCAGGCCCUUUAAACCUUAGGUGCUCCCCGACCACCUGAUGUCUGCGGAGGAGCAAAGGCAGAGCCUGAAACAGUGCCGAGGGACCACUUCUGCACCAUGGGGAGGUCUGGAAUACAAACGUGUGUAUUCCUGACCCUAUAGUGUUAAGAACACUAUUUAGGUUUCUGGCCCUCCCUUCCCUUCUCAAAUAACUGAAAAUCUUACAUUUAUUCCAGCGCCGCCCCGAUUGUCCUUUGAAAUUGAUGAACUCAGCCUUUCUAAUGGGAAAGCUUUGGGUUGGCUGUGAUAGUCAAUUCUGAUGAUCUUAGCCAAGGAAGCAGGUAGAGGGAUGGAGCCAAAUGCCACAAUGAUCAGUCAGCAUCUCCUCAUAGAGAUGCAUUAUUUCGAUGCAUCCUUACGAGGAAUGAUUAGCAUCUCCAUGCAUAGCAUGGAGAUGUUGAACAUCAGUGCUGCAUGUUGUGCAGCACUGACCCAGCAAGCACCUUUAUUGGCUGUCUGAGUGACUGCCUUUGGAGAUGUCCCUAGGCAGCAAUGUAAGCAAUGCAUUUUCACUGGCACAACAGUGUUUACAUUAAAAUGCCUACAGGAACUGACUAUACCUACUAAAAACAACUACAUUAAGCUGUAGUUGUUCUUGUGACUAUAAUGUCCCUUUAACUAUUUAUGCCUUAAAUUUAAAAUUUACUUUGCUUAUUCCACAAUUCUCACCUUAGUGAUUAACCCUGAUAAUGUAUGCAUAAUAGGGUUUGCUAAAUAAUGCACGUUCUUUUUGCAUUGCAUCCAGUGUCUGGCUCAUAUGUGGGAGGACUGGGAAAUCAGUUACUACAUACGGGCAUGAAUCACAAUAGGUGGAUAAUGUAGCACCCCUGGGAAUACUUGGCUGGACAAAUCUUGACACCCUAAUAACGGGCUAAUAAAAGUAACUGGUUGAGAAUUAAGCCUCGCUUGCUCCCCUGUUCCCAAUACAGCUAUAAAUAUUGGGGUUUAUUAAAGGGACAUUAUAGUCACCAGAACAACUACAACUUAAUGUAGUUGUUCUUGUGAGUAUAAUAGCUCCCUUCAGGCAUUUUCAUGCAAACACUGCCGUUUCAGAAAAAGGCAGUGUUUACAUUGCCCCUCAGAUGGCCACUGGAGAUGCUUCCACAGUAGGCAGCACUGCUGAAUUUUCCUCAUAGAGAUGCAUUGAUUCAAUGCAUCUCUAUGAAGAAGUGUUGAUUGGCUAAAACAGCUUUUGGCCCCACCCCAUCCCACCUCCUUGCCGAUUCUAGCCAAUCUAAUGCUGAUGUCACCAAGGAAGUGGAUUGGGGCGGGCCAGCACCGGCGGACCCGAGCAGCGCUGGAAAUAAGGUGAGUUUUAAUUCCUUUUAAGGGGCUAAGGUGGGGGCAAGCCACCUAAAUGGUGGGUUUAACACUAUAGGGUCAGGAAUACGUUUGUGUUUCUGGCGCUAUGGUGUUCCUUUAACUUAAAUGGGACUUUUGUAUAAGUGGUAUAAAAAGAUAAUUGGUGGGCUUGAGUCUUUUUUUCAACCUACAUAACUAUUAAAAUACAUUUAUUGUACAUAGCUGAACUGUUAUCACUGGCACAGUAAGCAUCCAUCAUUUUCUUUGCCAAUUACUGCCGUCCACAUUAAACAUAGUUGGCACUAAAAAUAGAAGCGUCACUUUUUUAUUAUCAAAAAUAUUCAGGAGGCCCCAGUCUCCAGGUGCUGUGGAAAGCCAAUUUUUAUUGUCAAACUGUUUCUAAACAGUUUGCAUUGAACUGGGGGUGGGCAUCCAGAGGCUAGAUGCCAUGACCACUAAAAUGAGCUGUAGUGGUUCUGUUGCUAAGUCUCCUCCUUUAGUGUACAAUUUGCUAAUUUUCUGUGUGAGUUGCAGAUAACACCAGCAAAUGUUAUUGCUAGUGCAAUCAAGUGAACUUUGCUUAUGUUAUAACAGCAUUUUAGAACAUUAACUAGAUCACUUGUCAUCCGUUUUCACAUCUGUCACUGUUGAUUUUUUUUCCCUGGCAGUUUAUACAAACUGUACAUACAAACACAUAUUGACAGUGUUGUACAUUUCUCAUAGUAUCCUUUUUCCAGAUGUGUUGUGUGUGUGUGUGUGUGUGUGUGUGUGUGUGUGUAUGUAUGUGAUUCUUUACAUUUUAAAUCAACAUGUUGAAUGUGUCAUUUUUGACAGCUGAGUAUUCAUGUAUGACAGUAUGUCAAAGCAAUAGUCACUUACACCCCAAUGGUAAUUUGUGCAUGUCAAAACAAUGUGAUUUGGUAAAAUAUAUAUUUGACAAAUGAAGACCCUUUUGUAUAUUGCUUUGAAUCAAAUUCAAACUGAUUUUCUGUUGAAAGAGCAUUCCAGAGUCCUUCACAUUCACACACAUUUUAAUAUAUUAUGCAGGUUUUUUAAUGCAUUUAUUUUUAGUGCAAUAAUUUACCUUUUCUUUGGAAGAUUCAAGUUAAAGCAAAAAUGAAUCAGUGACUCAAAACAUCAGCAAAUAAUGAUCAUACACAGAGAUUCAUUUAAGAAUCACUGUUCACACAAGCUUGAAUGCCAUUCAAUGUAAAUGUGUAACUUUAGCAUUAAUUGCUUUACAAUGGUGAAAUAUUGGCGGUGCAAGCUCCUUGCGCACAUACACCUUUAGAGCUGAAUUAAGGUUGCCCACAGCCCUAGAAUACAGCCAUGAACUCUGUUUCUGUGAGUAGUGUGUUGAAUGAGUGUUGUGUGUGUGUGUGUGGUGGCAGGAGGGUGAGGGCUGUGUGGGGGAAGGCUGAGUGUGUCUGUGUGUGCUGGUUGAGUGUUGUGUGUGGUGGCUAAAUUUUGUUUGUGUUUGGGAGCCAGAGUGUGGCUGAGUGUGUAUGUUCCUCCCUGGUGGUCCAGUGGAGGGUGAACAGAAUCACUUGUGACUAGUAAAUAUUGAGCUGGAUCACUGGUGGUGAAGUGGGGGGACUUGUCUGCACCAAUAUCAGGAAGAGACCACUUUAAGAGUGUCACAGUACCAGCACUCGAUCAAUAACUGAUCAGUGCUGAUUGUGGCACUCAGUCAUCAAGAACUGCCGGGGGGACCAUAUGGGCACUCUUGAAGGGAAAAAUACAUGCAGGAAGAUCUUUUGAGCCUGGGCCCUAGGCGACCAUAUUGGUCACCUAAUCAGGAUCUACACUCACAGUUUUAUUCCAGUGAAGUUAAGAGAGGCCAAAUGUAGGUGUAUAAUGUCGGCACUUAUGUUGAACACAGAUGUAUGUUUGGUUGUGUGCAGUUGUAAACUGCACACAACCAAACAUAAAGAGAAGAGAUUUACAAAUCUCAAAACUAUCUACAUUUGCGUGCUUGUAAAAAUUAUAUUUUAAUUAAUAUGCAAAUACAAAUUGCAAAAAAUAUAUUGUUUAAAUAUAUUUUUAUAAAUGUAUUAUUUUUUUGAUAUUUACAUUUUUUUUUUUUUUUACAAAUAAUUGUUAAAGUUUAUCCAAAAAAAAUUAAAUCGAGACCUUACUUUGGUAUAAUCCAGAGUAAAGCGAAUAACCCUGAACAGACUUUUUAAAACUUAAUUUAAAAAUAAAAAUAAAAAAAUAAUGUUUUUAUUCCUAAGUACAACACGGUAUAUGAAGGCAUGGCAAGAUGAAGAAUUUCUCAUGCCCUACGCAAAAACACAGUUUGCCACCCCUCAUCAGUCCCACCUCACCUACUGGACUGUCUUUAGCGAGAGCCUCUCUAAUUAGUUUCUUUGCUUCAUUCUUUCUACUUGCAUCUCUUUUUUUCUUUGACUUUCUCUUUCUCUCUCAUCUUGCAAUAGUCUAUCUCCCACACUCGGUUUACAGCUCAUUUCCUAUUAAUUAUCUGCCAGUCUUUACCCUCUCCAUCAGAGUCUGUUUCAAACCUAGUACUACCAUUUCCUCUAUUCUAUUAACCAAUUUCCCUUCCCCUCCCCCCCAUCCAUGACCAGUAUUUUCCCUUGUCUAAUGAUCAGUGUUCAUUCCUUCUGCUAUCCAAUCUUUAUUCCACUUUCCUCUUAUAGUCCCAUUAUACACAUUUAUCCAUUCAAUGGAGUAGAGUAGAUAUUUCACAGUGUCGGAAAUUAUUUUACUCUUUUUUUUUUUUUUUUCUUUUACAUUUCUUUGUCUUUUAUUGGUGCACAUUAAUAAAUGUUGUUUUUUUCAUUAUCUGUUGCUUCUAUUGUCUCUAACCCUCAAUUUUGUUUAAUUCAUCAUUUUUAUUGCUGCAGAUUUAUCAGUCUUUCUUUCACUUUUUGUCACCAGAAAAGUGUUCUUUCUCACUUCUCUUUUUUUCCACCACUCUACAUUUGGUGAUCUUUUCUGUAUUGGGCAAUUUAAUAAAUAUAAACAGAUUUAAAGAUGCUCUCCAUAACAUUAAUAAGUCUCCGCCUUAGUGCUUUCCAUCGGUUCCUAGUACCGUACCUAACCAAAAAUCUGCUAUCUCCACAUUUGUUUUUUCCUCUAGGGAAAAGUUAGAGAUAGACAUAUGGAAAAUGGUAGCUGACUGCUUCUGGUGGGAAUCAUGCCUUUGUGGGUCUGCAUGUAUUUGAUGGUCUUGGGCUUUUGUGUUGUGAGAGCAGCAUGUGUGUGGUAGGGGCUUUACGUGGUUAGGUAUUCAAUGUGACACGACUUGGUGGAGACUACAUAUGUAUGGCUGGCUGCGUGUGUGGUGGAGUUAUAUGACAGUGGUCCUCUUUUACAUCCAUUCAUUCUCUGUUUUUAAAGUACAUUAGGAUCUUCUACCUCCAUAUUGUGUAUUUCCUUUUGUCUUAUUGAUAAUAGUUAGGUUUCAGCACGAACACACUUCCUUGCAAAAGUAUGGAGCCAUAGGAUGGUUAUAUUCAAGGAAGCCUUUUCUUUUUAUCUCAUCAUUGGCCCGUGGAGGUUCAGAUGACGGUUUUGAGGCAAAUAUCUAAUUUGCAUUAAUAUAGCAACAACUAUGGCUUUAACAGUGGUAAUUUUUAAAUACUACAAUAAAAACAUUUUUUCUUUCUCUUUUUGGCCAAGACAUUCUAAUCGUAGUAACCGGGAAUUAUUUAUUUGAGGGGGUGAUAAGGAAGUUAUGUGUAAAUAAAAAAAAAUAAAAAUAAAAAAAAGAGCAGUUGAAACACAAACAAAUCAUAAAAUAACACAAAUGUGAGUGUAACAGAAUGAAAUUACAUUUACAAUGAUGUAAUCAAAAUAUCUUUUCACCAGGAAAUCACUAGAACGUUGGUGUUAUACAUUCAAUAUGUCAACUUUCAUGUCUCUUUUAUUCAUUGUUCUGUAAUGAAAUGAUUUGUCUAUUGCACAAAGCAGUAUUAAUACAACUGAGGAAUAAUAUAGGCGCUCUUGACAGCUUGUGAUAAUAAAAUAGACCCUGUCAAGCUGUGUUGUAUAAACCUAUUUUCCUGUAAAUCAUGUCAAGGCAACGGUUAUAAAUAUUUAUUUUGCAAGGGGUCAUUGUAAAUGAUUCCAAUACAUGACUAGCAAAAGAAUCAAAAGAAAAGAGAAAUUUACGCUGAGCAACAAUGUGUAAAAUUAGGAUCUAGUUUUUUUUCAGCCAAGCAAAAUUUUACCUAGCAAGUUAGUCAGAAAUGGCUCAUUUACAACCUUGUUAUUAAUUAUAGCAGGUAGCUUGUAGUACAGGCUACAAAUAGGGCUGGUGUUAUUAUUUUUGCUAAAGAGGCACCUAGUAAUGAGUAAUGAUAUGAUUAGUAUCAGUUGCUAGAAAGUCUUUAUUGGCUUCCGUAAAAAAAUUUUUUUUAGUGUUGACUCCCGUAUACAAAUUGGGAGCUAUUAGCCGCUGUUUAUAGUGACUGGCUUUUAGAAGCAGUAGUUAGUAGCUCCCCAUUGUUACAUACAAUAGCCACUACUCACUCACUAGUCACUAACCGUAGUGACAGGCAUGAUAACAAGUUGUAACUUGUUGCUAAAGAGUAGGAACAAGGUUGAAAAUGCACCUCAAAUAUCUUAACUUCCACUUGCGGAUGCUUGAAUAAAACCAUAUUCCCAUGUUAAGCUUUUUCUUAAAGGAUCAAUCAAAAAAUCAUAAGUCAUGGAGAGUUUUGAUUUAAAAAAACAAAAAACGGGGCUCUUCCCUGUACAAAAAUAAAAAAAUGUUAUGGCAUAGACUCAAUGAACUUUAGUGUUGGUGCUUAGAGUCCUUUUGUUGUAUCUAGGUCCUUGCUUGAUCCUUUGUGAAAUUUGCCAUAUUUGGGAUUUCUGGAAUGUUAACCACCUUAAAGUGACACUCCAUUGCCCAAAUAUAAAAUAAAUAAAAAUCAAUGUUUGUAGAUACUUAAAUAGCAAGCAUUAAAUUAUGCAUUUUUUUCAUUGUUGUAUAUCAAGAAAUGGUGUGCAAAAUGUACAGUUCUCUUGUCUGAAGCCUUUUCAAGCCCACCCCUUCUAGCCCCGGCCAGACUUUCUGUGUUUGUCCAACCAAAAACUUCCCAAUGUGACCCAAUGUGAAGUCUUUGAAAGGCAAGUGCUCUGGAUAAUUGCUGACUCUUGUGUAUAGAUCCACUGAGCUAACCAAACCAGAAAGUAACAGGACCUGUUCUCUGUUUGAAAGCCAGGGGAGUGUAACCAGGUUAAUUUAUAAAAGUGUCAAUUUCUAUUGAAACAUGCAUUUUUUUUGCAAAAUGGAAAAAAAACAAAACAGGACAUACUCUUCACACAUAAAGCUUUUCAGUAAGCUAAAGUGCUUUAGGGGUCUGGAGUGUCCCUUUAACAAAAUUGUUGACUUUUGUAACAAAAGGAAAAAGAAGAUAAUAGAAUAAUAAACUUUAGAUCUGACUUCUUAUUUUUGGUACACUUAAUAAAACAUAUUUUGGUUGCCUCUUCCUUAUUCUUUUGGGCAAUACAUUUUUUUUUAAGUAGCAGCCUUCUCAAGUCUUCAAAUUGGCAUAUUUCAUUUGAUGUUCAAAGGUCUGCGUGCAUAACACAAAUAGGAUAGAUUAUGUCAGAAGGAUGCAGCAGUGUUGGCUUAUGCAUUAUUCAGACAAAGUGUGGUUUUCACCUCUUUGCCGAUGUGGUGUACAUAGGGUUGCCAAAUCAACCAUGUCUUUCUGGACACUCUUCUAUUAUCCCCUUAACUAAUAGCCCAUUUGACAUAAUUUUAUGGGACACAAGACAUGAAUCCGGUUAUAUAACAUCCUGACAUCAUGUGUUUUAGUUAUAUAUCUUAUUACCUUUACUAACAAAGGAUCAUAUAAUAUGAUAUGUGAUUGUCACUAACAAAACAAAGAUUGAGAUCUUUAAAAUAAUACUCCAAGCACCAUAACCAUCACAGCUAAGUUUAUCAAACCAUUUUAGUACACUUGAACAAUUUAUCUGGGUCCUCUGGUCCUCUACUGCAUCAGAAGCCAUAUGUGUUUAUCAAACUAAGUAACUAUAUUUGCAAUAUAGGAUCAAGCUCAUUGGUUGCGAGUAGUCAGUAGUCCACAGUAGUCAGUCCUGCCUCGCCAAGCCUAACUCAGUAGAAGUAACCAGAUUCUCCUAAAAGCACCAGAGCACUCCCGGAACCAUAAUCACUACAGUGGGGUAUAGUGUGUAUUGUGCUGGUGUGUUCCUUUAAGCUCUUGCUUUAAGGAACACUAUAGGGUCUAUAGGUGGCUUCCCUCCCUUAGCCACCUUAGAGAGGGUUAAAAAAAACUUACCUUAUUUUCAUACUCCUUGCUGUCAUCAUCAGAAUUUAUGAUUUUUAACCAAUCUGAAAUUGGCAAGGAGGUGGAAUGGGCAGCCAAUCAGCAACUCCCACUGUGCAGCACUGCCCCAGAAAGCACAUCCAGUGGCCAUCUGAGGAGUGGCCACUGAAGGUGUCCCUAGGGGGCAAUGUAAACACUGCCUUUUCAGAGAAAAUACCUAAGAUGUUCUGGUGACUAUAGUGUCCCUUUAAGCUUUUGUUUGCAAUACUUUAUUCCAUGUUUAAUCAUCACUGUACAUUAAGGUAAAUGAUUCCAUUAAAUAAGUAAGCAAUCAUAUUAAAACCUGGGAGGUGACCCUAUUCCCUGAAUUAAUUUUAAGAAAGGAUGAUGUUUCAUUAAUAAUAGACAUUGCAAUUAGUCCAGAGAACAUCAUAAUGAAACAGCUUGAUUCAUUUUCUUUUUCAUUGCCCAGUGCAUUAGGUAUUGUAUUUUAGGCUGUAGAGUAAAUUAAGCAGCUUUAUUGUUGCUGUACUGUACUCGCUCUUUUGCGCAAAAAAAAAAGUUCAAAGGGCAUAUCAGACACCUUCACAGUAAGAACUAUUGUGGUGAAGUGACUUAAAUUAUGUAAUAUCAAAGGAAAUUAUUACACAAAAUUAAUUUUUAGUUUUUUUCUGUCUCUGGCAUUUUAUGUCAGCCAUUGAUAAUCAAUCAGUUAUCAAUGUAAAUUUCUUCCAACUUGCAUAGUAUUCCAUACUUCCAAGGUGUCCCUAUUUUGGAAAGAAAAUCCCUAUUUUGGACCUAGAUUCCUCUUUUCUAUCCUAAUGUUUCUCUUUUCUAUGAGUAUUGUUGGUGUGUCUCGGUGUAUCACAGAGCUCCACAGCACUAAUACUUUUUAUUCUGUGCCUUUAAACAACAAUAAAAAUGUUGAGAAAUCAGUCUGUGUAAAUAAGUUACAAUGUUCCGGUUCUAAAUUACAUUUUAGUUGUCUAAACUGUUAUUAGUAAGUCACCUAAAAUUUCUCAGAACAUCCCCACCCCUGGCCACACCUUUUAUUAAUUUGAAAUGUUGGCAGGCAGAUGGCCAAGGUUGCUGUUCUAGCCCACCCCAAGUACUUGUAGUCAAAUAUUUAUAGGGCCAUCAGAUUCCGUAGCGCUGUACAAUGGGGAUCAGUCGACUAUUUAAUCAUUUAAAUGACUGCUUUUAUUUAAAAAAAAAAGCACAACGUGUUUGAAACCUGGAAUGUCUUGCCAAACAAAGCAGCACUUUUGUGCAUAGAUGGAACAAGUAACUAUGCAAUAUUGAUGUUAAUAGGUAUAGUAUAGGGAAGCAUAGAAGGGUUGACACUUAUUGGGAGGAGGGUAACUCUUUACACACCUGCUGGCCUUAAAAACCUUAGUUAAAAACAUUGAAAGUUUUGAUACAAAUGAAUUAUACUGCUAAGCAAUUAUACUGCCUAUCAUACACGUUUCCCUAUUAACCCUUCUACUAUUAGACAGCAAAUUUAACCAACAUAUCAGUUGGAUUACACUGGUUUGCAUUUUAGUGUUACAUAACUGUAUGAAUAUACUUAUAUCAUUAUCUUAUCAUAUUCGUAUCAUUAAGGCUCUUAACAUGAUAUUCGCCAAAAAACUGACAGUUUGACCUGAAUAUUUUGUAAUUCUUGAAUACCAUGUAGUGAGGCAAGAUAAUAAUUACAUUGUGUAAUACAAUAAGAGUGAAACUGUUGCAGAUCCUGUUUUGUGGUUGUAAACAGUCCCUAUAGCAUGGCCCUUGCAGUAUAUGCUUCCAUGUUUGUGAUGUCAAUGAAACACACACAAAAACAGAAAUGGUUUUUAUGCCACAUCAGACUUAUAUGUCUUAAACAACUCCUUCCUUUAAUUUAAUUUUUUUUUAAAUACAUUCAAGGCCACUUUAAAAAUAUUUUGUAAGAUUUCGUAAAAAUAAAAGGUUUUAAAGAUAAUUCUACAUAUAUUAAUUUUAGUUUCAUGCUCUCCUUCCUUUUUCCUGCCUUCAUCUAACUUGCAUGACUCUCACUUUAAGCUGGGAGAGACUUAUCCUCACUUCCUUCCAGCACUGCUGGUUUGACAGGCUGACUGACAGGCCCUGAUCAGAGAUGCCCAUCAGUUGGGCCAAGUGUGAUGGUACCAGAUGGGCCCACCUGCAGCUUGCAGGCCUCAUUGCAGCCACACCGGUAGUAGUUCCUGAUUACAUAGUGCUUGUAUAUAAGCACCUCAUAUGUCAGUACAGAUACAUUCUUUUAAUUUGUUUAAAGGUUUUACAUUAUUGGAGCCCCUUGUCAUCUCUACACUUUUUAUACAGACUGGGCUAAAAUUCAGAGUCGGAUUUGACAGGCAAAUCACUUGUUUGUUAGUAGUUCAAUCUUUUUUGUUGCAGGUACAUAUUAUAACUGAGUCUUGAUAGUUUCACCAUGGGUAAUUUCAUGAAGGAGCAACAAGUAAACAUAGUGGCAUUUUGUUUUCAAAAUUACAAGUCCAUUAUUUUGAUGCAAAAAGCUUACUGACACCACAUGAGUGUAAGAAAUGGACCCCGAGUAACUAUGAUUUGGAAACUAAUGCAACAUUUUGAGGAAACAGGUUCUUUGAUGAACCUUCCAUAAACUGACAGACCACGAUCAGCUUGCAAGAAAACAUUGAAUGAGGUAGAGCCAGUAUGGAAGAAAAAACACAAACAUCAAAGAGAAGACAUUUUAGGGAAUUAGGGUUGUCCCGAACAUCUUUAAGGUGGAUUUAAAAAAAAAAUAUUUAAAGGUGUUUCCAUAUAAAAUACAAUUGGUGCAGAAACUGAAAUGUAUAGACUACCAUCAAUGGCUAAAUUAACGCCUAAAUUAUGCAAUUCACAUACAAGAAUUAACCAGAAAAAAACAAUUAAAUUACUCAUCAGCUCAUCAUGUCUGAUGAAGCUCAUUUUUAUUUGAAGGACUUUAUCAAUAAGCAAAACUGUGAUUUCUGGGGUACAGAAAGUCCACAGAUAAUUAAUCAGCACCAAUUGCAUCUUACCAAACGUGCUGUGAUGUGCAGGAUGACCUUACAGGAAGUUAUCGGGCCCAACUUUCCUUUAAACUGAUGGUGGUGUUUUUUUCACAGUUACUGGUGUGAGAUAUCGGUAUAUAAAAUGGGAAAAUUGUGUUCAUCCUGUAGUGGAGAAUUAUCCUGAAAUGUGAUUUCAACAGGAUGGGGCUACUGUCCAUACAGCCAAGGCCACAAUGGACCUCCUGAGACAACUGUGAGCAGAUCAUUUCAGGAAAUUUCCAGAUUAAUUGGAAGCCAUGUUCGCCUGACCUUUUAGCUCCCGAUUACUUCCUGUGGGGAUAUCUGAUGUAGUGGUUGUACUUAAACAAACCACAUACACUUUAGCAGCUCAAGGAGAAUAUCCAUGCAGAAAUUCGAGAACUAGAGCCUCAAACAUUAACGUUAUCAAUGCAAUCAAAAGAACCUGACUUUGCAAGGCAGCAAAUGGAGCUCAUUUAAAAGAUGUCAUACCUAUCCAAGCAAAUCUCUAUACGUCAAGAAUUCAUUGUAUGUAAUAAUUGGUUCAUUAAUAAAAAAGUUAUGGAAAUGGGCAGCAGUCAGGUUUUUAUUUUUAAAUCCUCUCUCUCUCUGUUAAGGAUUAGUUGUAGAGUUAGAGGACGUCUCAACUUUGCAAUGUAAACAUUGCCGUUUUCUCUGAAACGAGGAACAGAGGCACUUCACCCAGACCACUUUAAUGAGAUGAAGGGGUCUGGGUGCCUAUACUGUUCCUUUAAAUAAUUCCAAGUCCAUUAGGCCAUUCUGAUAGGACUGCGGCACAAAUGAUGCAAAAACGUGUACGACUAAUAUCUUUGCGAUGAAGCAAACUAGCGUGGCAUAAAAAAAAAUAUAUAUAUAUAUAUAUAUACUUAAUCCUGAUGAAGGUCCCUGCGUGGACCGAAACGUCGAUUUUCUUAUCUAUGGAAUAAAGCACCUUUGUUUGAAAUGAAAAGUCCGAGAGUGCAGUACAUUCUUCAUCUAUUAGUGUGUGUGUAUGUAUGUAUAUGUAUGUAUAUAUAUAUCUAUAUAUAUAUAUAUAUAUAUAUAUAUAUAUAUAUAUAUAUAUGUAUAUAUAUAAAACACAAAACACAAUAUUUUAUAUAUAUAGACAUAGCAGAAAUGACUGCACUCCAAGGACUUUAUAGAGACAUGUUUUGUCCUGAUGAAAGCUCCAUGUGGGAGCUGAAAUGUUGACUUUUUAAAUGGAUUGAAUAAAAGUUACAUUUUAUUUGAAAAUCUCUAUAAAGUCCUUGGAGUGCGGUCAUUUCUGCUAUGUCUACAUGAUCCUUGCCAGACCAGCACCGGGCACCACAGGAUUACACCAGGAGUGCAAGCCCUCGCUAUAUAUAUAUAUAUAUAUAUAUAUAUAUAUAUAUAUAUAUAUAUAUUAAAAAUAUAUAAAACACCAGGUAGAGUGAUCCCCAUCACAAAUGAUUUCAGAAUAAUGCAUGGUGUGAAUAAAUGGGUGUCGAUGCUCUAAUUGGUGUUGGACAUGUGACACUUUAAUAGUUUUAUACGGUGGUUUAACUGAUUGGAGUGAUACUAAAACACCUCCAGUUAUUUAAAUAUGCAUAGGCAUUUGGGAUAGUGUGAAGUAACUUUGUUGGGGGAUUCAUUGUAUGUAUUCUGGCUAAUGUUCACUGUAGCUAUUGCUGUCUACCACAACUAGUGGGAGUUUGAGUGCAGGGCUUAAUUUUGUAUGUUUGUAUUUGCUAUUAAUUUAAUACCUACUCUAUCCUGGGACUGUGUGCCUCCAUCUUGUUUAUAUGUAAAUUAUCUUUCUAAGCUCUGGCCUUUUAUGUUAUUGACCAUACGUAUGUGGAGGUGGAGAAAGAGGAUCAAUGUUUCACAGCCUCAUGGUGUCAGGACGGAACUGGCUUGUGAUGUCAACUACAAAAUCUCUAAUAUACUUUAAAAACAAAAAAAAAAAACACAUCAUAAAGAAGAUUUACUCAAAAUAUAGAUGUUAUAGGUGCUCCAAUAUCAUUCAUUCCCCUUUAUAAUAUUGUUUAUACAACCUUAAAAAAAAAAAUCUAAUCUAAAAUCUCCUUUUUGUAUUUUGAGACACAGAGACAUCCUGCAGUUUGCAAAUCUACUUUCUGGUACUUGAGGAUAGCCAACAAAUAUCCAUUCAGGGGGGAUGUGGUAGAGCCUGUGUUAGAGUAAUUGCAUCAUUUGUUCAGAGAAGGGGGGAGAAAACUAAAAUAAGAAAUGUGGUUUCAGUGUCUCUAAAAAUAAUGAAAUAAGAACCCUUUCACUAACAGAUUUUGUUUCGCAAUGAAAGUAAAUGUAUACAUUGUUUCCUGAUAUGCUUUAAAGAAACGUUAUGGCUUACCUCCCAACAUUGGGAGAUAUGAAUCUGUGGGUUGGUACAGGCUACUUCUGCAAUCGGAAUGAUGCAAGGUGGUUAUGGGCAUAGACUGACCCUUUAAAGUAAAGAAUGUAUGUGAAGUGGGUGUAUCCAGUUUAAAAAAUUAAAGAGCACAAACCUAUGUUUUAAUACACAAACCAUAAGAAUGGUAUUAAUGGGUUCAUAUAUUACUCAAAGGCAAGAUACAUUAUAUUCUUGUUAAUGCACUUGUAACUUCCUGCCCAUAAUCCAAUCUCUCCCUAUCACCUUCUCUCCCUGUCAAUGUCCUCAUCUCUUCCUGUUGAUAUCUUAUUCUAUACCUGUCUGUGUCCUCUUUGCUACCUCAUAUAAUUUUUUCUUUUUUAUCUUUUUUAUUUUACUACCAAUUUCUUAUGAGGUCCCCUCUUGCUGACUUACCAGAGUGACCACAUUAUUAUCAUUAUUUCCAAAGCGUUAACAAAUUCCGUAGCGCUGUACAAUGGGGGGACUAACAGACACAUAUUUAUAACCAGACGAUUUGGAUACACAGGAAUAGAGGGCCAUGCUCAUUGAGCUUACAUGCUUGAGGGAGUGGCACAAAAAGUAAGGGAAGGAUAGAAAAGUAGGUUGCUAGGAUAGUUUUCACUAACCCUUAGUCAGGGUGUUAAAAAGAGUGUGGGAGUCUGGCUUUAGAACAGUUACAGAGAAUAUGAGAACUGUGAGAAGGGGCAAAAGCUCAACAGAGAAACUUCAAUACCUUGCCCUUUGGUUAGUCCCUGCUCAUAUUUUAAAUUUUUUUGAGAAAACAUAUACUAUUUCAGGCUGAUCCUGCCCACGAGGGCAGUUCAGAUCCAAAAUACCGGCAACUUCCCCUUGCACAAGUGAUACAGUAAUCCCGGAUGAUCGUUUCUGCCUUCUUUGGGCCUCAUCAGAGAGAUGUAGCCGAUACCCCUCUGGGCACAAUGACCCACGGUGUCCAGGUCUGGAUUAGCCUUUUAAUUUAGGUGGAGCCUAAGUAAAUGCAUUGCAACGAAAGCAGAGAUUAUGAGAAGAGCAGUUCUGAGAACACUUGUCUUGUGGCUUCCUAUCUAUGUGGUGGCCCUGAAAAAAAAUUGUGUAAACAGUAAUUUGACUAAGAUUAUUGUCAGUUGAUUGUUAAUAUCUGUUGGAAUUGUUUCAGGAAGUGUACUAUUGCUUUUCCCUUGGGAGUAGUUGUCAGAUAGGGGAAGGGGGCCACAUGGUUGUCAUUUAGUGGGAGAGACCAAUUGUUUGACAGGAGGCGGGGCCAAGCUGCUCAGACAUAUCCUAUAACAUUUAUUCCCUAAUCUGGUAGGGAGAACAUCCCAAUGUCAAAAGGCAAAAACAUUGCUUGAAAGUUAUACUACUAUAUGGAAUAUUUUGUUUCUUGGAGUUAAGAGAUAUAUUAUGUGUUUUUUUUUUUUUUUUAAAUAUAUAUAUUUUAGAAAAUGGUAGAUGUAAUGUGUUUCCACAAAAUGGUGGAUGCAGUUGAAUCAAUGAAAUUCAUGGAUUCUAAAGCAGUACUUUAAUACUGAAAAUGGCGAGUGGGUGCGCAAAAGUGUGGCAAGAAGUAUUUGACGCUCUUCCGCCAACACGUCUGACUAUUUAUCAUGCUGGAGAUAAAUUUGAAGGAAUGGGUGCAGUUGUUAAAUCACCGAAAUAUGGAUGUCCUAGUCCAGGGGUAGGCAACCUACGGCACUAGUGCCAUGCACGGCACUCAAGGUGUCUUUCCAUGGCACUCAAGGCUGAUAGAGCCAAACAGGCUCUGGCCUAUCAGGAGUCCCAGUGAAGCUUCCAAUAUCUGCUAAUAUGAAAAGGUGGUGAAGGACAAUCCUCAAUUUAUGCAUUGCAGCACGUAGAGGAAGUGAUCUCAGAUCAGUUCCUCUCAGCACUUGUGAAUGGAAAUCCACACAGUAGUAGAGCAGCCCGCAGCUGCUGUUUCAGAUCCUGUCCUUGACCUAUACCUGGCCAGCCUGGCCCCCACUGGAACCCAGGGAAACCACCCACACUGCUAGAUACACACAGACCUGGAGAAUAAGCCUCCCCUCAUACAAAUAAUACGAACAGCCCACACACAAACAUACACAUAACACCCACAAACGCAACACCACUAACAAUCCACAUACAUGCACACAAUCCCACAUGCAGCCUCUCACACACAAUUCCACAACCAGCCCUCAUACACAGCCCACAUUCAUGUGUAUACAAUAUAAUACCUCAUAUACGCACAAAUACAAUGAUACAAAGCAAUUACAGUAAAAAUAACACAAGCAGAAUACGGCAGCAUACACACCUCAAUUUAAAAAAAUAGGAUCGGCACGCUACGGGACAUCACAAUCCUAUAUCGGCACAGUGCUGCUAAAAGGUUGCCUACCCCUGUCCUAGUCUGCUUUAGCAUCUACUUUCAUUGUUCUUGACUCAAGUUCGCUGUCCUCAUUCACAAUAACCAUAAAGAAAAAAUAUUUUAUAUGCCCUCCACGAUUCUUUUCAACUGCCAAACUGAAUUUUAAAUGCCUGACAUGGAGCUGUCACUGUGUUGUGUGUAUGUGUAUCCAUAAAACUGUUACUGUGUUGUGUGUCAGUGUGUAUGUGUAUCCAUAAAACUGUCACUGUGUUGUGUGUCAGUGUGUAUGUGUAUCCAUAAAACUGUCACUGUGUUGUGUGUCAGUGUGUAUGUGUAUCCAUAUAAUCUGUUGUGAUGAAUUUAAUUGAUUCAAGUGUAUACCUAUUUUUGGGCCACCCUGUAAACAGUGCACACAUACAUCCAAUUCUUUAUUAGGGGAGUUAAUUUCAGUAUAUAAUCACACAUUGUACAUGCCUGACCAUAUUUACAAGUACAGUUGGACCUCGGUUUACAAAUUUAAUGCAUUCUCCGGGACGUUUCUUAUCGCAAAAAAAUUGUAAACUGAAACACGGUUUCCCAUAGGAAUGCAUUGAAAACCAAUUAAUCCGUUCUGGAGGUAAAAAAAAAAAAGUCAAAAUGAGCUGGCAUGGAAACCAACCCACAAUGCAGAACACAAUAAAAGGCAUGCAAACGACGAAGCUCAGCUCCCUACCUUUCCACAGCUUGAGAAAUGCACCAAAAAGUCCCAAAACAACUGCAAACAAUUUCCAGAAUGGCUCCAAAACUCAAUGUAAAAGCCGCUCCGCCACGUGCUGCCCACGGGCUCCAGCAUGCAGAGGGCGAUGCUCUAAACCUCCCAGGUGCAAUGCUUCCUAGUGAGACUUGCUGUGUAUUGCGAAAAAAUUUUUUUUAAACUGAGGCAUUAUUUUCAAUGGCUUUUCAUUUGUAAACAGAAAAUUAUGUUAACAGAGUCAUUUGUAAACCGAGGUCCCACUGUAUUCCAUUUUUUGCAGGUCCUAUUCGAAUAUCCAAAUGCCUACUAUUGUGAGAAUUACUAAUUCUAAGAGACCUCUUUUGUCAAACGUUUCAAUCUUCGCAAAGACAUUUUCAAGUUAUGUUGCCUGGUCAGUUGUAUGGCUAUAUAAAUACCAAUAAUAAUAAUAAAAAUGUAGUGAACUACUCAAUAUUUUUUUUGUGUAUCACUAUGUUGUCUACAAAUGUUUUAUGUGCUAUCUGGCAAAAUUUUUAAUAUGGCCCAGUAAUGAGCCACCUCUGUUUUAAAAAAGCAAUGCUUUAAUUUAUCAAUAAAUUAUAUUUGAUAUAUUGCAUCUUCAUAUGAUUUUAAGUAAAUGAAAAUUUGAAAAUUACUACAAAAUCCAAACGAGCUAAUAAAUAGAGAAAUAUUUUUUCUACCUAUAAAGGCACACCUCCUUUGCUUUUACUUUCCUAACUUCUUAACCAUUUGGGUCAUGUAAGUUCCUUUGAUUAAAUGAUAUUUAUUUAUGUGAUCUGUCAGACAUGCAUUACAGCUCAUUGAGAAGUCUGGUCAAACCAUAUGCCCUAGCCUAGGCAGUUGCCUGCCUCUUGAGGUUAGCUACAUGGAACUGCACUACCAGGAAGUAGUCCUCCAGUCGGAGAGGUGUACCAUAGUUAAUUAAUAAAAGUGCAGAUUUCAAUUAAAAUCAACACUUUUAUAAAAUUUAAAAAGGAGGAUACACUCUUCACACUUGCAAAUAAAUCAUCACUUUUAUAAAAUUAUAAGAGGACCCACUCUUUAUACAUUAGACACUUCAGCAAGCUGAAAUGCUCUAAGUGUUUGGAGUAUUAGUUCAAUAUAGAACGAACUAUAAUAUAGUUCUUUAUUGAACCUAGGAAGCACGAUAUGGGGCCAUGGGUUAUGUCUGCUAAACAGUGAUCUAGUUAUUUGUAAAUGUAACCUGCAUUCUUUUCUUUUUUUUUUCCAGUCAUACUUUAACCGAAUACUCUUGUUCUUCUGAGCAAAGCAGACACCACACAAAGCAAAAAUGUCUGCUCGAGGAGGGAAGAAGAAAACCACCAAACUUUCUCGCUCUGCCCGGGCGGGAGUGAUCUUUCCAGUGGGUAGAAUGAUGCGUUACCUGAGAAGAGGGACUCAUAAAUAUAGAAUAGGCAUGGGAGCACCAGUCUACAUGGCCGCUGUCAUAGAGUACCUAGCAGGUAAGUUAAAGCUGCAGCUGAGAUGAUCAGAUAGGAACCUUUUAAAAGCUAGUCUUUUAAUGUGUACCUAUUGUGCAGUUUUAUUAUGUCUGUACUUUGAAUAGAAUGUUAUUUUUCAAAUGAUUCAAUAUUUUAAAAAAUAUCUUAAUAUUUCAAUAUUGCUUUAAUAUUUUUAUAUAUUUAUAUAUUUUUUUAAAUAUUUAUAUAUUUUGUGAUAUUUUAAUAUUUUGAAAAAAAAAAUUAAAUUAAAAUCUUAUACAAAAAUGUUCAUUUGAAAAAGCUUACCCUAAAAAAUGAUAUCAAGUCCUUUGUCAAUUUCGUGAAAAAGAGUUGUAUACCUUGAAUAGUCUUUUUUAAGCAAUCACAAUCCUUCCAGUAAUGGUACCAUUGGACAUUAAGCGAAUAGACACUAUGGAAUACUUGAGUAUCCACUGAAAACACUUUUCUAACAGUUCACCAAUAUCCCAGUAAUUUGCAUGAGCAGAACUAUCACCAGAAACAGUUCCCCUGUUGCAAGUAUAAUUGCAACACUUUUACCAACAACGUGCCAUUUUAAGCAAUUUAAAUGACGUUCAGUAUAAGCACAAGGACAUAAUACUGGAACUCAACCUUUUAUUAAUGAACAAAAAUAUUAUUAUAUAGAAAUAAAAGCACUUAAACUUCUGAGAACUAUUUGAAGUGAUACAUUUUCAAGCUUAUGUAAAGCUGACUUUCAACGUUUGGGGACAUUGUUAAAUUUGAAAAGUCCCCCAGCGGUGACAUAGCCGCUGGUGGUCCGGUGGCUGAGGGGGGCAGUUAAAGGUGAUGUUACUUACCUAUUCCAUCUUGGUUGAGCAUUGAUGAUGGCUACAGGGAUUCACUCUGUAGCUUCACCUUGUGUCAAAGAAAGUCAGGCAUAGUAGAAAUACAGAGACAAAGUAAUCCCUACUUUGUCUCUGUAUAUCUUUUGACUGAGUUGGAAUUUCAGUGAAAUUCUAAAACAGCCAUAAAGAGUAUUUGAUAAAGAUUCUAUCUUUGUGAAAUACUAAUUUUUCAGGGGGAUGACAGUGCUGCUUUACAUCCAAAUAGCAAACACAGUGUGUUAAUGACAGCGUUCUGUUCAGCAUUGCAAUUUAUAAAUUAUCAGUAGCUUUCAGAUUAAAGUUUGUAUACAAUUCUGGUGUGCUACAAUUAUUUAUUAAAAAUAUAUAUAGAGAGAGAGAAACAAAUAUCUGGUUUUAUUUAGCUUCUAAAGGACUUGUUAAGAGUCAUUAUCAAAUUGGUAUAAAAGCACACACUUUGUUUAAACACUUUUGACCUGACCAUCAAUUGCUGUUUCUGGAUUCCCUACAGACCAUAUAUAAUCUCAAGCCCUCAUAAGAUUGGCAUUGUUGCUGUUCAUUUACAGAGUAAUGAGGGGAUAUUUUAAAUCACACUAUAAUCACCUAAACAAUUACAGCCUAUUGUAGUUGUUCUGGUAAGUAUAUUCAAUUCCUGCAGGCUUUUUGCAGUAAACACUGUAUUUUCAGAAAAAAGGCAAUAUUUGCAUUACAGCCUAGGGACACCUCAACUGGACACUCCUCAGAUGGACCACUGGAGGUGCUUCUUGGGGCAGUGCUGCACAGAGUGCAGCAGUGCCGUUCAGCGCCUCCACGCUCUGUAUGGAGAUGCUGAUUUUUUCUCAUAGAGAUGCAUUGAUUCAGUGCAUCUCUACGAGGAGGUGCUGAUUGGCCAAGCCAGUGUUUGGCCCCGCCGCCAUUUGCCUUAUUGCCAAUUUAAACCAAACCAAUGCUUUCCCUUUGGGAAUUCCUUUCUGAAUGCAUUUAAUUGGCUAAAAAUCAUAAAUUCUGAUGAUGUCCGCAAGGAGGCCGACACGCGGCACUGGAAAUAAGGUAAGUUUUAACCCUUUCUAAGGGGGCUGAUGUUCUGCCUGGGGACGCUGAACUUUACCACGUAGAGAUGCAUUGACUCAAUGCAUUUCUAUGAGGAGAUGCUGAUUGGCUAGUGCAGAUAUUCAGGGUCACAGGUUGCCCUUUCCAUAAAAACUAAACUAGAAAAAUUGAGUUUCCAUACAUUGCAGUGGAGGCUUCACCUCAAGACUUUAGAUAAACUCACAGCAUGCUUUUAAUUUUAGAUCAAGUUUAUAUGAUGAGAGCAAUUAUGUUAUAUGCUUCCUAAAGUGUAUGUUUGUAUGUUUAUUUCUUGCUUCACAGCUGAAAUCUUGGAGUUAGCGGGGAAUGCAGCUAGAGACAACAAAAAAGGCAGAAUCACCCCGAGACAUAUUCUUCUAGCAGUCGCCAAUGAUGAAGAGCUUAACCAGGUAUUAAUAUGAUCACGCCAAUAGGUGGCAGUCAAAAGACUACAUGAUUGAAAAACAAAUACCAUAAAUGAGGUUUGUAGCUUCUUUGUUCUCAAACGGGUAAUUUUCAAUCUUCCAGGUGAUACUUAAAUAUAAUGUUCUGCAUUAUAAGUAAAAUAUUAACUAUAUAGAUCAAUAAAAAUACAGUAAACCAAUGAAAAUAUGAAAACGAUACCCUGAGAUGCUUUGUAAUUGAUGCUUUUCCAGGAAAAACCUAGGAAUUGCAGCUUCUGCACGGAGUUCUUACAAGGACCAAGAAGUGGCUAAUGCAUUUUCUAAUGCUUUCAUGGCUUUCUAUACUGUACAUAUUAAGUAUUGUGCAUAUUGCACUUCAGGCAUUUAUGGUAUUUGUUGUAUGUUACUUUUCUACUGACAGCUUUAUAGUGUGCAGCGUAUUGUCUACCUUAAAACCAAACUAUGAAUUAAGCAUUUUUAGUAAUAAGUAAUAAGUAUAAGUAAUAGAAGAUGGUAGCAACAGGUUAAUUCAUAGAGUUAUAGAUAGUUGAGUGCUUGUAUGCAAAAUCUAAGUCAAAGUGCUUGAAUUACAAUAAGCUUCCCAACUCCGUUUAAAGAGACACUAUAGUCACCAGAACAACUACAGCUUAAUGUAGUUGUUCUGGUGAGUAAAGCCUGUCCCUGCAGGCAUUUAAUUGUAAACACUGCCUUUUCAGAGAAAGGGCAGUGUUUCAAUGACUACCGGGGGACUACUAUGGGACACCUCCAGUGGCAGUCACUCAGAUGGCCACUAGAGGUGCUUCUUGGGUAAGUUCUGCACAACAUGCUCUGCAUGGAGGUGCUAAACUUUCCCCAUUGAGAUGCAUUGUCACAGAUGCGUGAUAUCCUCCCAAUGCUUUCCUAUGGGAAUGCAUUGGAUUGGCUGAGAUUGUCAAUUCCUAAUGACCUCAGCCAAGGAGGUGAAGCAUGGGCAAGGCCAGCGCCAGCGGACCCACUUAGCACUGGCGUAAAGGUACGUUUUGACUUAAUUAAGGGAGGUGAGGGUGGUCAGGGAACUAAAUAGGAUUUAAAUAGUGUUUUUAAUACUACAGCGUCAGGCAUACACGUUUUACAGUUCUGUUUAGAAUUUGCAAUCUGCAAGCUUGUUGGCAGCUUCUGCAAAGUGUUCCAUAGUUUUGCUUUGUUUAACCCUUUAAGGAACAUUUUCAUAAUAAUAGCAUAUUCUUUUAAAAAAAAUCCCAUAUCAAAAUGGAAUGUCCUACUCAUUUAACAUUGACAGCAUUUUCUAGAGCUUUAAAUUCUAAAUAAGGAGAAUAUUUCAUGCGGACAUAAUUUCUGUAGGAAGCAAUCUGAGAUAACAUAAAGAUAUAUCACUGGUAUAUAAGCCGUUUUUAAAUUGUGAAAAUAUACAGGUAAAAAUAAACAUUUCCCUGAUUUAAAUAAAAAAUACAAACCAUUUGUUUUAACCAUUUGUUUCAAGAUGAUGUUUCGUUGUUGCUUGAUUUAUGUUGCAUGCAUGCCUAAACAAUUUCACAUAAAAGUAAUUUAACUUAUGCUUUUGCAACACACAAGUUAAGCCAUCUAUCAAAACAGCUAUUAUUUUUAGUAAAUUUUCUUUCUUCAUGACACAAAUAAACAGUAAAUUGCUUUCUGUGGAAUAUGAACUUCUCCUGGUGACUUCCAGUGAGUCAUCUCAUUUGUUACAGCAGCAUUAUUCAAGGAAAAUAUCUCUGCUGUAAAUUACUAUGCAUGUUAAUUGACUUAAUGCACAGGUGCUUAAUGUUUGGUCAGUUACAUACAAAACUCCUAUUCAUUAUCUGGAGGUCUUUCACUAUAGCAAUCACCAAACCACAAAGAGUGGUUAAACGGCCACUAUCUGUGUAUCACAGCAACAGUUUUGUGGUUGGUUUCUGUAAUUUCUUUACCUGCUACAAGGGUAUACUAUAAAAUAUUACUUACUCAAAGAUUGAAAACAUAUAAUGUUUAAUAGAAAGCAUUUGUAUUUAUGAUAAAAUGAAGAGGAGAAUAUUCUCUGCUCUACUGAAUCUACUGAAGGUAAAUGCUGCAUUCUGAAAAACUCAUAUCACAAAAGCAUAGAAAGGUGAUUUAAAGGCUAGAUUCUAACCAAAGUAAAAAGCCAAUAUCAUUCAGUAUUCAUAAGAGAAUUGCCAGAUGUGCAACACAUAUAGAACAACAUAGAAAACCCAUUCACAGGUAGUACUUGGUCCCAGAGUAGAAUAUCCAUGCAGAGUUGCUAUUAGAACUCUUGGGGCCUCUUAAAAACAUAAGCCAGGCCCCCUGGCAGACAACAGCAGGCAUAAAUGUAUGUACACACCCUGAUAAACAAAGAUACAUAUUCACAGAGAUAUGCAUGCCCAGACAGACUUACAGAUACAUACUUGCACAUACAGAUAAACACUGCCACAGAGACACAAACACUUGUAGACACACACUGCCACAUAAAUACUCAUCAUAAACACUGCCACAUACAUAAACAAACAGAUACGUCCUGUCACACUCAGAUACAUAAUGCACAUAAACAGAUACACAUUUCCAUACACACCCACACACACUGUCAUACACACACACAAAUGCAUUCACAUAUGAAACCAAGAGGGCUGCUCUCACCUAAACAUGCUUACAUUAUAAGUAUGCUGCUGGGGCCAAUUAAUACAACAUACAACAUGCAAGAUCCUAUACUUAGUGUGUACGUUACUCACUGAACACCAACUUUAAAGUUCACAAAGCGUAGUUUUUAAAAACACCUGGCUUAGGCAAAAAUAAUGGUGAUAUAAUGCCUAAGUUAGAUUUAAAAAAAAAAAAACAACUAUAACAUUUUGUGUACUUUGAAGUCCGUAUUCGAUGCUUGAGUGAGUGGAUCUUAAGUGCUGCACCAACAUAUACACACAAAGAUAUGCACUGCCACACACAUGCAUAGAUUCAUACAUACAGACACACACACACUACCAUACACAUACAACUGCCACAGACAUAAGACUUGGUUUCUGCAAUUCCCCCUGCCGCCUACCUCUGUGCUUCGGGAAGGUGGGAUCCCUGGGGUCCAGGCUAUUUUGAAACCACUUUCCUGCCUUCUCGCGUGGCUUCUUUCUAUUGGGACAGGUAGAGUCUCAUUUUUACAUAAUUUCAUUGCUACCUCAAGUUCCCUGUAAUACUGAUCGAAAAAAAUACAACUCAAAAUAUAUGUGUAACAGUGUGACUUUUUGGAAUUAAUUAUCAGGAAUAUACAACAGACUGGAAGAUGGGCAGAGAAAAUGUUUCUUUACAGUAACACCCAAAGAGGUUAUGUUAUCAGAUUAUGUAGAUAUUUAAAAAAAAAAAAAAAAGGCCUGGAUAUCUUUUUGGAAAAGCAAUACUCAAGGGUUUAAUUAUUUGUUCUUCUUGUUCGCCCCUGGGGUAUGAUACACCACAGGGAUGUCCACUUAUUUAUUUUAAUUUUAGAAACUUUUUUUUUAAAUGCUACCAGUGAUAAUUAAUGGUAACAAUCGAGGUUCAGAAAAACAAGGGAAGGUAAUCUCCAACUUGGGAGGUCCUUAAUGCUGGUAGUAAUUCUAAAUGAAAAAACACAUUUGGAAUAGUAUACAAUUAUGUCACUAGCUUGGUUAUGGUAGGUAUAUACAAGAGGGAAAACUUAGAACCAAUUGUUCUAAAAUCUAUCACAUCCUUACACAAAAAUUAUGUAACUUUAUUAGUCCUGUCGCCAAAAAAGGCACAAUGUGAAGAAAAAGAGAUAAACCUUAUAUAACUAGUAGCGGACUAAAAAUAUUAAAACUGUAUUUAGGAUUCUCGAGUGAGUCUGAUGAAUGAAUACAGGGUUCCCUGCAGUGUUCCAUUCCUUUGGGUAGAUCUAGCUACGGCAUACGAAGGGUUACUGAUUAUGGAGGAAUUAAGAACUAUACAGGAGUUUGUCAGUCAUCCGCAAACUUUACCUUAUUAGGUUAAUAAGCACAGAAAAGAGGAUCCAUUCAACUCCAUAUAUAUAUAUAGUUCUAAGUGCAUAGGCGUGCACACGGGGUGUGCCUGGGCACACCCUGAUCUCCGCCGCACGCCUAUGGAUUGAGACCGGCAAGGGAGAUCUCAGGAUCUCCCCUGUCGGCUCAUGCAGGGCCUGCGCUAUCCGAGCGCCGGCUCUGCUCCAAGCCUCCAUGAGUCGGUGGGGAGAUCAAAGAUCUCUCUUACCGGCCCACAGGCAGUGAGGGAGGCAGGAGAGGAGCAGCUCCGCCGGGUUCCUCUUGCGAGAUCUGAGCAUUGCCGUGGCAACGCUCAGAUCUUGUGAGAGUGAACUCUAGCUCCGCAGGCUAGAGUUCACUCUCCACUGGACCACCAAGGAUGGCACCAGCACGGUCCCUCCUCCCUACAUAAGGUAAGAAUGGAGGGGGGUUAUUUACUAAUCUGCUCCCCCACCCCACAAAAUACACACAGCACCCACACACAUACAUCACCCUUGCACACACUAACAGCACCCUUACACACACAGCACCCUUACACACACACACACACACUAACAGCACACACAGCACCCAUACACACAUACAGCACACACUAAUAGCACCCUUAAACACACAGCACCCACACACACGCACGCUAACAGCACCCACACAACUGGUCUAUGUUCUGGGAACUCCCCAAAACGUAGACCUGCUCUCUGGCACAUGCUUACUAACGCAUCCUCACUUACCGACCAAUUUGUUUUACCACCAAGCCAUAAGAAUGAAACGUGGUUGGUAAGCGAGGAGUGUCUUUAUACAUAUUUGGUGAGAUUGUCCUGAGCGAACAUAUUUUUGAUCUGUAAUUUAAAAGCUUAUUUCUCAGGUGUCAUGUGAUUUAGUUGUGCUACAUCAUCAUGAUCUCCCAUUUAAAGUGUAUAAAAACUUGCUACUAAAACAUCUCAUUAACAUGGCUAAGACCCUAUUCCCUAUAUACCGGAGAACAGAGUGUCCUCCAUUCAUGGUUAAUCAUAGUUGAAUAGAUCCUCUCUACAAAACUUUUUGUAGCAUCUGCACAUAAUAAAUAUAAGCAAGCAGCUAUUUAUAUUAUUUUUACAACUUGAGAUACUUACACAUUGUCCUCUGGAUCCCUAGACACUCUUUUUGUAAGUUGUUGGAUCUGUACCUUUAAGUUUAUCUUCAAUUUGCUACUUUUGAUUGUUUUGUACUUUUAUUGAAGAGUUGACUUACGUUCUGCUUUCUUUCCCUGUUUAGUUCCCUGUCUACUGUUUUUUUCUUCCUAUUUCUUUCUUUAUCAGUAAGUGGUAUAACUGCUCUGAUUUUUGGAAGAUGUGUGUUAUUUCUUUGUUUAUUUCCAUUGUAAUUUAUCUGAUACCUCCGUAUCAUUGUCAUUUGUAAACUAAAUCCUAAAUAAAAUUUUUACAAAAAACGGAUUUAUCACUUCUCUGGAAGUAAGUUCCUCAUUCAAGCACCCCAGUAAAUGCUAUUGAAGCAACUACUGGAGUGAAUCUAACAGUUGAGGUAAGUAAAAAUGAUACUGACCUUCUUUAAUUAGACUAAUGCCCAUUUAUGUCUUGGGCUUCAACAUACAAAUACAACCCGGGUGCAUGCUCUCUUUGGAAUUCCACAGUGUUGUAUAUGAGCAUAAUUUGCUACAGAGUUAUGUGCCUAUUAAAGGGUUACUUCAACAACAAAAAAACAGUGUUUUCAUAUAACACUGUUUCUAGUUAGAGUAACCCUUGUUGUGCUAGUCUACCCCCACCUCAAUUUAAAAAAACAAAAAAACAAAAACAAAAUAAAACAGCGUAAUCCCCUGUGGAGGCCAAGUUAUCCCUCUAGCCUGAUCCUCCAUGGCUGGCAUCACUUGCCCUUCUUGGUGGGGGAUGAAGAUCAGGAAGGAUGGACUGAGGGGAGAGGAUGGGAAUUAUUUUCCUGGUCAGUGAUAAUAAUGCCCCAGUGAUGUGGAAUUACACCACUGGCAGCAGAGGUUUUAAAAAGACACAGCUGGCACCAUAACCAUUUUAAUUCAGUGAAGCGGUAAUGGUGAUUGUAAUGGCAGAUUAAAUUAUAAAAAAAAAAUAGUAAGAAUUUAAACAAAGAAAUAGCACAACCCAUAGCUACUUUUUUAGUUAGUUCUCACUUCCGCUUGAAAGGAAUGAGUCAUAUAUGAAUUCAUAUAAGCAAAAUAAAGAAUAUCAAUACACCAAAUGGGAAAAUGUAGUGUAGGAAAAUGUAAUUCCCCUCAUGCUGCAUCUCCCGUUGCUACAUAUUUUCAAAGCAUGUGACAUCCAUAUAUAUAAAACACAAAGAAGUAUUGCAUUAAAUGGACAUCAGAGCUUCUCUAUUGAAAAGAUCUUAAAUCUCCAGUGACCAGUAGAUACAGUAGCUUAUUUAGUAUGCCCCUUCUUGCUGUUUUACAUACAUAUUUUACAUACUUGUAAAUCACUAUUUAUUUUUUUCUAGUUACUCAGAGGAGUGACCAUUGCAAGUGGAGGUGUUCUUCCAAGAAUUCACCCUGAGCUUCUAGCUAAAAAACGAGGAUCCCGGGGCAAGGAGACCAUUCUUUCUCAGCCAGUGGAGAAAAGGAAGAAAAAAGGUGGCAAGACACUGGACAAAACUCUGGCCAAAAAAUCUAAAUCUGGGAAAAAUAAACUUCUUAAAAAGGUGAGUUGAAAAAAGAACAAACAAAAACACACAACCCUAUUGUAGAAUAUGUUCUAUUGUUGUAGAAGAUGAACUUUGCAGUCUAUGUUUCAACUAGUAUAAGUUUUUUUCACUAAACACUGAUUUGUCAUGAAUUGGCAACUGUAUUCCAAAAUUACAACCAAUAUAAGAGAGUUAGAAAAAUACUCCUAUACUUAAUAUUUUUUUUUCUAUUUUUUAUAAUUUGUUGUUGCUUCACCAAAAUGCAGUAAUUCUUUAAGGUUAUAUAUAAGUAUUGACUAUAUUGAAGUAUUUCUUUCAUAGUGGCUUAUUGUGAUAUAUUUACUGAGUCAAGCACAUCAUCUGCUGAAUUGGCAUCACAAGAUAACUUCAUAGAAUGAAGUACCUAUUCCUUCAAUUUGUUAAAGGAUGAUUGCAUCGAGACCAUUAUUGUGGAACUGAGUCCAAAUUAACUGUUAGUUUCACUGUUCAUGUUAAGAUUGGGCAAAAUCCAAGAACAAACCAGUACAGAUAGCAUUACUGUUGACUUAAAGGGAUUCUCCAGUGCCAGGAAAACAUAUUUGUUUUCCUGAAACUGCAGGACCCUGCAGUGCCCCUCUCCCUCCCACCCCUAUCCCAUGUUGCUGAAGGGGUUAAAACUCCUUCAGUGACUUACCUGAAUCCAGUGCCGAUGUCCUUCGGCUCUGGGUCAGGUUCUGCCCACGCUCCUCUGUCGGCGGGGCAGACCUAAUGCGCAUGGGUGACAAUGGCCGCACGUGUGCAUUAGACCUCCCUAUAGGAAAGCAUUAUUCAUUGCUUUCAUAUGGGGAUUUCUGCGACGCUGGAGGUCCUCAUGCAUAGUGUGAGGCCAUCCAGCGUUGUUUAAAACACUUUUUGGGUUUUAAGAACCUGGAAGUCCCUCUAGUGGCUAGACAGACACUAGAGGAGGACUUAACCCUGCAAAGUAAUUAUUGCAAUUUAUAAAACCUGCUAUAAUUACACUGGCAGGGUUAAGGGUGGUGGGAGUUGGCAAACAGACCACUCCAAUGGGCAGAAGUGGUCUGGGUGCCUGGAGUGUCCCUUUAAUCCCUUAAGGACCAAACUUCUGGAAUAAAAGGGAAUCAUGACAUGUCACACAUGUCAUGUGUCCUUAAGGGGUUAGGGAACCUAUUUCUUUUUUCUAAAGCUUGAUAAGAGUAUUUAAUUUAGUCAGUAUCAAGUAUACAAUAUUUUAUUUUACAAUGGGUGAUUAAGUUUUUAAAAAAAAUACCUUGUCAAUUGAUUGUAAGUCUCAUUUAGGAAAAAUAAAUAUACAUUUUAACUAUAACAAAAUAAUAUGAGCUAGGAGCCCCAAUUAUUGAACCAAUGGUUUUGACUUGCUAUAUAAAAUGAUUUGUUUUCUCCUAAAAGGACAAACAAGUCGAUGGAAAAGAAGGUGCGUCAAGUUCAACAUCAGAUGAUGGACCAGGGGAUGGGUUUACCAUCCUUUCAUCUAAGAGUCUUUUACUUGGACAGAAGGUAACAUUUGAAAUUUUAGAUUGUCUUUUCUAAAAGUUAUAAUUCAUGUCAUUUGUGAGAAACCGCAAUAGUCCUAUUGUAACACCAUGAGACAUUUACUGCCAGUUGAGAGCUAAGUAAUCAUAAAAAAGUCUGUAGUCUAUAUACAUUACAUUUUUACACGUCCUUGUGCCUUUAUCUAAGGAGACAACAACAAAUAUUUUGGUAGAUGUAUUAUUAGGAUUCUUUAUUUGUAAACUUUUUGCAUAACCUGCAGCAUUAUUUCAUAGAAAUAAUUUUUUUUGAGCCAUGAUUUUGCGAGGUUAUUGUGAUAGCAGACUCCCUAUAGAGGUGCAACAACUAAUCAACAAAAUCAAUUAUAAUAGAUUAUGAACACUGUUGUCAACAAAUCUCAUUAUCAAAUAGUUAGUCUGCGAACUGCACAGGGCACAUUUAUUCAUUGUGUUACUUCUGUUGCGAAAAAAUAUGUUAUUAGAGUUGCACUUUGAUUUUUUUUUUUUUAAAUGAUGAAAUGCGUUGUGCUGGUUUAAUUUUUAAUAUCAAAUUUAGUGGGAAUAAACAGAUAAGGGUGUGUAUAAGAUCAGUGCUGUUUUACAUGGAUAAGGUUUUAAUUAUAGUAAACUCCCUACAACAACCAAUCACUAUAAACUGAUAAUAUAUUAUAAAAACUGUUGUUAAUUAAUCUCUUUAUCCAUUUGUUAUUCUGUGCAUGGCAUAAGGUACGUUUACUCAUUGCGUUAAUUCUGUUGCGAAAAAAUAUUUUUUUUACAAGGCACUUUGAAAAAGCCCUAAGAAAAUGGUGAAACGCAUUGUGCGGAUUUCAUUUUUAAUAUUGAGUUUGGUGGGAAUAUACAGAGGAGAGUAUGUGCAAGAUCAACAGCUGGCUGGUUUAUAUAAAGAAAGGUGCCAGAACGGUUAAUACAGCUUCUAGUGUGACACGGAGGGUGCAUGAGACAGACUUCUUAGAGCUGCAGGUUGGACCAGCAUCUGCACUUGUCACUUUUUCAGGACAGUAUACAUAUAAGGACAACUACUGCUGGCCUAUGUAGAGGUGCAACCCAAAAAUAAUAGGAAUCAUCAUUUAGAUUGUUUAAAUGAAAUCAAGUAAUUUUAGACUAUGUUUUGCAUGGCAUAGUACUGAGCUUAUUAUUUACACUUAGCCUUGGAUUUAAGGGAGUUGUUAUUUGAAUUGAUAUUGAUAUGCACUAUUAUCUGGUAUCUAAAGAGGUGCAUGCUGUAAACAGAGUGAUAAAUGAUAUGUAUCUACUAAUAUUAUGAAAACAUCCAAACAAUGAUAUAGAUAAUACCUGACCAUAAAUGCCUAGCUGCUUUUUUUUUAACUAACCAUUUCAAAGAAUUUCACAGUAUGUCUAAGGCACAAACACUAUAGAUACCCUUAACACUAAAUGUGAGAUGUAAAUAAACUAUGGUUGUUGAUAGAAUGAAGAGAAAAAGUGAUACAUAUAUUAAGAGUAGGGUAAAUGAACAGAUGUUCGAUUCAGACAUGCCAACCUGUCUCCUGAGGCAUCCCUCACAAUGGCAGAGUGAGACAGAUAUGCUAUAUGGGAAACCUAGGGGAGAGAGUGAUAGGAAGGGUUGGAUUUAAUUGAUCUUUAAGGGAAUUUCCCUAAUUCCAAGGAUAUGAUGACAUUAAAGAGGCUCAACACUGAUUCUAGAACCACCAGCCAUGCACUUAUUACAUAAAUCAAUUUAAAUGUAACAAUUCUCUAGUAAGAAAAUGCCCAGCCAACAGGCCAGGCUUGGAUGAUAGUUAUAUGUGAUUGGCUGUUUUGUUGGUGAGUUCAUCAAAGUAAAAAAUAGUUUUCCUAGGGGGAGUAGUUACUUUACUUUAAAUAACAGUUAAUUAUUGGAGAAUGGGAAGCAAUAUAACCUCUGCAAUUCUGCAUCGUGAAUUUUCUUCUUAGAGACUAUGGGUGCUAGACUUUCUCUGCAUUUCAGGUGGUUAAAACAAAUCAAAUUAUUUUUAUUCUAUGCAUGAACUAAUCAAUCUAUACAGGAUUUACAUGUAAAGUCUUUUUGAUUGAAUACGACUCAAUAGGUAAAUGCUGGAUGGAUCAAUUAAUUUGAGCAUAGUUUAAAAAAAUCUGAUUUGUUUGAAACAGCUGAAACACAUCUUUGCACAAGUCUUAUGGGGGCCAUUUCCACUGUAUGGUUGGAGAAAAAACAGGUCUCUGUCUAGUACCCAUAUCUUGUAAAACCUCCAUUCUAUCUGCCACAAUUUUGACCUGCACUCCUAUGGUUCUCAACCUAUUAUCAUCAUUAUUUUUCUAACCUCCCCCAAACUGUUUGACAAACAAAUGGUUAAUGGCGAACAUAUUGUAUAUUUGUACAUAUUUAUUACAUAACUUUAGAAGGCCUGUGUGUGUUGUCUAAGCAUUUUUUAAAUGCUAUAGUCAGUAGUAAGUAGUGCAUCCCUGUCCAUUCAUACCAGUCAGAUAUUGUGUUCUUAGAAAAUGUCAAUGGAAACUAUUCAAAAUAGGCUUAUUAUUUAUUGUUUUCAAGUUUCCCGUCCAAGAAGCCUUUUAUAUUGUAUAUUUUACCAUUUGAUGUGUGAGUGAACUGUUGAGUAAAAUAAAAAGCUACCCUACGCAUCUAUGUUCUAUUUCAUCAGUAUAGAAUUUUGCAGGAAAAGUAUUUUCAUGCUCAAUUCUAAACACUUAUUGUUUUAUAUAUGUAUGUUAACAUAUAUAAAUACAUUAUAAUGCAUGUGUCAUCAAUGCAAAACUAUUUAACUGUUUACAUAUGCCAUUUACCAUUGUCUGUAUAGCAUAUAUUCUGUUGUGGAAUAGGUCAGGUAAAAAUACCCUGACUGUUUCCCAAUAGAAUAAAAACAGUGGGGUUGCAUGACUUAGAGCUCUUCGGAUUGAGGUUUAACCCUCUAAAAUGUCAAUCAAAUAUUUUAAACAGGACCAACCUAAAUGGAUGGUUUUAAAAAACAGAGGUGGAGAUGGGUAUAAUAAUAAAAUGUAAUUACUUUAUUGAUAAUAUAAGUUAAAACCACUAAAGAAGACAUGUAAACGUGAACCCCCUUUUUUCCAGUAUUACAGUGCGCACACUAACAAAAACAAAAAAGUUAAAUAAAGUGAUGAAAAGAGAAAGACGGGGGGCAGGGCCAGCAGCCGACCAAGAUGGCUGCAUGUUGCUUGAGCUCUUAAGUGAAAACCAGAAUCAUCACAUUUAGACUGAUAUUGUUGCUGGUUUCCUCACUGAAUCUCUGCUACACCAGUCGGGUUACACUGAGACAGCAGUCUAAGCUAUCCUGGCUAGACAUUACCCGUGUUGAUCAUCUUGGCGGCCUGUGGCUACACUCGAGGUAGGGGAAGCGACCGAUUCUCUGCCCACAGUGCUUGCUGCCUGUCACUGAGUCCUGUCUCUCUCCACUCUGGACCGGUGGGGGAUAUCCCGGUCCCCACUGGAGUGCUGACCUGAGACUCUGCUGCUCCCGCAGGGCUAGUCGCCUAAGGCCUAGUCACAAAAUGGCUGCCACUUACAAACCUUCACCUUCUCGUGCCCCCUUGCUCCAGGCCUCUCUGGAGGCGCAGCUCAACCAGGCCUUCUCGCGACUGUGGUCGCAGUUCUGGGCAAGGAUACGAUGACGGAUGGUGAAGUCCACAAGAACUGAAGCCCCUCAGCCCAGGCCUCAACGUCACCUCUACACAGCUCAGCCUACUACACGUUGCUCAACCAGGCCGCUCACAGUGUGGAGGAAGGGGAAGCAGCGAAAUCUGCAUUACAGGGGACUUAGCAUCUAGUCGCCACCUACCUAGACCACAAUUUGCUCAGGGUCAGUUUCCUCAGCGCAGCCCACACCCACAAGCAACCUACGAUAUUUACCGACGAGAACACUCUGAAGAGAGAAUCUGGGAUCCUGUUGCAGUAGCCGGGUGUGGCUGUACAUGUGGGAUAGGUGCACCGAAUCAUCUUGAACUCUGGGGCUGGUGGUGUGACUUUGAUUGCUGCAGGGCCAUGGGGCUCAUACAUUACCGCGGUAGGGCGUGCUGGGUGAAGGGAAUAGGCUGAUCCCCAACCUUAAUUUCUAUAGCAGAGUUGUGUUUUGUCUAAUUUAAAUAUGUCUCUCCAUAUGCAUUGUGCAGCAGUUUAGUCCUGCUUUUUUCUGUGGUCAUAGAACCCGGUGGCACAUUAAGCUUAUGGGUUAAUUUUAUUCUUGUGUGUUCACAAAUGAGUCAGUAUACUCUACUCCACUAGUCAUUGGUGCCAAUAUCAUGCUUUGUUUUCAUGUAGUUAUCUGUUUGGUACCAUUGCAGGUGUCAUAUAUGUGCUAUACUCCUUAAUCGACCUAUAAUGCUAGUUUCAUACUAGACAGUUUUCGUCUUAUCUAACCUAAGCUUGAAGCCUGUGUCUGGAUAUCUGAUACUGCAUUUAUGUUUUUUCUCUUAUUUUCUUUUUGAUUUCCUAAAAAUGUGCUAGUACAUUUGCCAACAUGCCAACAUAUGUCUUAUUGAAUAUGCCAACAUGUGUCUUAUUGAAAGCUUGCUUUGCUGUUGUGGCUUUGCAAAACUAUGUGUACUCUAUUGCACGAAUGAAAUAAUGAUCGACAAAAAAAGAAAAGAGAGACAACUGGGAGGAGAUGCUCUUUGCAGUAGUACUUCAAUGUACUUUCUUGUGAUUCAGUGUACUGAAAUAAUGUAAGCAAAUAAAUUACCACUGAUAAAGUGUAGCAAUGAUUGGAUACAAAUUACAACUAAUAUGUUUAUACACUGUCACAGUUAUUAUUUAAUAACUAAGUCCGCCAAUUGCGGAAACUGCAUUAAUGUAUACCAGCCGGCAUAAAUGGCUUAGUGAGUUUGUUUUAUUGGUACACUAAAUACUGAAGUGAAAAUGAACUGCUGGGGCUCAAAGAGAGGUUCGAAGGAUUAAUUUUAUUCAGAAAGGCCUUCCUAAUUUAAUAAGUUUACAUUCAUUGACAAAAGGUAUUAUAAUGAUUUAAUAGCAAGAAUUUAUCUAUUACAUCAAUUACUUAGCCCUCUCAACUCCCAGUCUCUUGUUUACCAUUGUCUGUCCCGAUUGUGAUAUAUGAGUCACAAGUUUUGGUUAAACGAAUCAAUCUUGUUCUUCUUUCUCGAUUAACCAGCUGUCCUUGACUCAGAGUGAUCUUGCUCACAUAGGAUCAAUGAAAGUUGAAGGCAUUAUACAUCCUACCACUGCUGAAAUUGACCUCAAGGAAGACAUAGGUAAGCUUUCUAUUGAAAUGAACAGGUUGGUAGCUUAAUUAAAAAAAAGGUUUUUAUAAAAGUGCUUUUACAUUUCUGUUUGACAUAACAACAUUGUUUGGCAAGGUUUGUACUAUUUGUGUGGAUAUUUGUAAAGAAUACAUGUGUCACUGUUAAAACUAUUUCUAAUACACUCCUUUUUCUGAUACACUGCUUAUUCCUGUGAUAGGUGAAACUCUGAUUUCUCUUUUGUCUAAUGUGAUCAACGACUGCAUCAUCCAGUUUAUCUUGCUAAAUAUAGCACAUGUUCACAUGUGUACAAAUAAUUUUAUUUUUAUAACACUAAUGUCAAUGUAACUAGAAAACUAGUGCUAUUACUAGCUCUUUGAUUUUGAUUUGUUUAGCAGUGGUAAUCGCUGCUAAAUCCCCAACCUUGCUCUUUCUUUUGAACACAUAUGUAGUUAACAUUUCCACCUGCAGCUAGAACCUGCUAAAAUGAAUUGGCCAUUUACUACCUGAAAUCCUACUGUACAGUGAUACUCUGUUGUUUUGUGCAGGAAAUGCCCUGGAAAAGGCUGGUGGAAAGGAAUUCCUGGAAGCGGUUAAAGAACUGCGCAAGGCUCAUGGACCCUUGGAACUCACUGGAGGUAAUUGUAUGGCAGCUGCAGAGCAACUUAUUGUUGUCUUAGCUGUGCAUAUGCUAGCAUCCAUAGUUUAACUUUUUAGCACACUUUGGAAAAGACAGCUGGUUCUUAUUUAUACUAUUUAUUCUUCUCUUCUAUGUUUCCCAGGGCACCAAUACUAGAUGGUGGCUGAUUGUUUUUUUUCUCUCUCAUAGUUAAGCGUAAAGAGGAAUUGCCACUUCCCAAAAUUUUUAUAUAAAUAUAUAGUGUGAAAAAUAAAAUGUAUAAAAUCCACACCUUUUUAUUCUGGAACUUGACACCUCCACCUUCCUUCCUGUCAAUCAUUGUUAUAAGUUUUGUUCUUUGCAGUAGACAAGCAGAAUAGAGAAUGCAUACAGUGCAGAGUAUUUGAAUAUUUUUUUUCAAAACAUGUAUUUACAUUUCCCUAUGUAGCUGCCCUUAGCCAGUCAAAUGGAAUUGCAGCCAAGUUUGUCAUCCACUGCCACAUCCCUCAGUGGGGAUCAGAGAAAUGUGAGGAGCAGCUGGAGAAGACCAUUAAGAACUGUUUAUCUAUUGCUGAGGACAAGAAGCUAAAGUCUGUGGCAUUUCCAUCCUUCCCCAGUGGCAGGUAGGUGGCAUUUUCAUCCUUCCCUAGUUACAGGUAAUUGGCAUUACAGGAAGAUGUCAUGUCCAUCCCUUCCCAGUGGUAGGUAUCUAGGAUUUUGCAUUUUUCCUCAAUGGUAGGUUUGUGUCAAAGGAAAUACAGUAACAUUUUACUGGUCCUUAGAAUGGCCAGUCUUAAAGGGACACUAUAGUCACCAAAACAACUUUAGCUUAAUGAAGCAGUUUUGGUGUAUAGAUUAUGCCCCUGCAGUCUCACUGCUCAAUUCUCUGCCAUUUAGAAGUUAAAUCACUUUCUUUAUACAGCUCUAGUCACACCUCCAUGCAUGUGACUUCCACAGCCUUCCUAAACACUUCCUGUAAAGAGUCAUCUAAUGUUUGCACUUCCUUUAUUGCAAAUUCUGUUUAAUUUAGAAUUUUUCAUCUACUGCGCUGUUAAUAGCUUGCUAGACCCUGCAGGAGCCAUCUGUGUAAUCAAAGUUCAAGUUACAGAGCAGAGAUAAAAACUUUUUAAAGUAAGUUACAUCUGAUUGAAAAUUAAACUUUUUUUUCUCAUUUAUGUUGUGUGAGUUACAGCCAAGGGAGGUGUGGCUUGGGAUGCACAAGCAGAAAAAAAGUAAUUUAACUCCUAAAUGGCAGAGAAUUGAGCAGUGCGACGUCAGAUGCAUAAUCUAUACACAAGCACUGCUUCAUUAAGGGACCACUCCAUUCACGCUUAAAAAUAAAAACCACUACCCCCCCACCCCCCACAGUUCAGUAGUUAUACCCCAAAUAAAUACAUGCAAGCAUAUUUUAUGUAUGUAUUCAUUGGGGGUAGUAUAGUCUAAAAGAGAUUACAAAAGCUGCAGUUCUUAUAACUGCAGCCUUCAUAAGCUCUCCCUUUUUUUCUCAGAAGAGACUUUUAGUCUCUUCACAGUGGAGACUUGGUCCCCACGUGACCGCUCGUGCACACGGCUGUGUGCAUGUGUGCCUAAGCAUGCACAUGCGCGCAUGGCUGAGAUUAAGGAGCUGGUCUCAGGUCUGUGAGGGAGGGGCAGGCAGGCACCCUCAAGUAACUCAAGGGAGCUAACUGAAGUAGGAAGAAAUCCUCCCUGCUGACUUCUCACAGAAAUCCAUACUUUUAUAAACUGGGGUUAAACUAGGGUAUUCCUCACCCAUAAAGCAGUUCAGCAUGCUGAAGUACUUUUGGGGUGUGGAGUGGUCCUUUAAUGUAAGUAGUUAGGAGUGAAUGAUAACAGAAUGAUAACACACAGGUCGUAGAUAAGCCAAAGUAAGAGAGAGCCAAAGAUCAGGUAAGUGAAAGACAAAGCCAGGUCAAGGGUGACUGAGAUCUAAAUGGUCAAGGAAAGCCAAGUCAAAUACCAGAAAACCAAUCAAACUGUGAACAUAGGAAAUAGGAACCAAAGCCUGGCAGAGAGCAUAAGACAGACUGAUGUAUCUAUAGCUAUUAAUGUAAAGAGCCACGUCAUUAUACUGACACAUGAUAGGGACCCUAUUAAAUGACACAUCUACAGAGCAUUCAGAGCCCGUAUGGAUGCAAGAAUGACGUACAACAUCAGAAUAGCGACAACAAAUUAUGCAUGUAUGCGACAUGCUUCAAUCACAUACAUGUAGCCUUACAGUUUGUCAGUUGUAUUACUAUAAAGAAAAAGUGAACUCCUUCAUAAAAUAUAAGUCAAUAAUAAUAAAUAGAUUCAUCAUGGUGAGUCCUCGUUACCGCAAAUGUUUAUUUAAAGAUGACAUUUGUGUUACACAAUUCAAACUCCUCAAAUGCAUGUGAAAAUAAUAAAUUGCACUUUUUUGGACCAAUAGACAAUGUAUAAAUGUAAAUAAUUCUAGGUGUACAUCAGGGCCGGACUGGGAAAAAAAUUUGGCCCGGGCAUUUUUCAAUCAGAGCGGCCCCAUAAGAAGGGGGAGGGGGGCAGAGAGGGUGUGUUUUGUGAUCACUAAUGACAAGCACGCCCUCUCUCAAAGUGAGCAUGUUGGUCAAUGCGCAGAGCCCUGCUGAAGAGCUCUAGCAUUAGAAAAAGGCCUGUAUUUGAUCUGCACAGCUCAAGCAAAUUUAAAACACAUGCUUGCGCUCUGUUUGCUUUUGAAUUGUCUUUGGUGUCUCCAUAAAUGGGAUAUCAGAGGACAAAAGGGCCAGGAAAGCGUAUGGCGCAUGUGUUUGGAGCCUGCUUGUGGGAUUACGUGUGUGCAGAGUGUGGUUUAUUGCUGUGUGUGUCUGGGGGUACAGUGUGUGUCUGGGGGGGUGCUGUGUGUGUAUGGGGAUGCUUUGUGUGAGUGAGAGUGCUGUGUGUGUGUGUCUGAGGGUGCUGUGUGUGUGUGUGUGUGGGUCUGGGGUGCUGUUUGUGUGUCUGAGGGUGCUGUUUGUGAUUUCGGUGCUGUGUGUGUGAGUGUGAAUUUAUUUUAUAUCUGAAUUUAAAUAUUUUUAUUUUGUUAUUAUUAAUUAAAAAAAAAAGUUAUAUCCCCCCCUCCCUUCUUACCUUUAGCUUGGGGGGAUGCCAGGCUGCCUUCCCUGGUGGUCUCAGUGGUGAGAGUGAACUCUUGCGAGAUCUGAGCAUUGCCAUGGUAACCACGGCAACGCUCAGAAUCUCACGAGAGGAACCCGGUGGAACUGCUGCCUAGAGCUCCCCGGGUCCUCUCCUGCCUCCCUCAAUCCCCAGCCGAUGGCCGCAUAGCAGUGCCUCUGGGCCGGUGAGGGAGAUCUUUGAUCUCCCCACCGGCCUAUGGAGGCACACAGAAGGGCCGGUGCUCGGGUAGCAUGGGCCCUGCAUGUGCCAGCCAGGGAGAUCCUGUGAUCUCCCUUGCCAGCCUCGGCCCAGGGACAUCGCGGCCCACCGGGCAUUUGCCCGGUAUGCUCAAUGGCCAGUCCUUGCCUGGUGUACAUUCUUGGUGGGUUACAUAUAGCAGUCUUAUGUUUAUUUUAAUUGUUUUUCUUUUUUUUUAUGCCCACCAGUAUUGCUAGUGAGGAUUUCAUUAUCAAAAUUAGUUCUUUGCCUAUUUCAAGGUCCCAACUCUAGACAUAACAUGUUUUUUAAAUUAUCCACAAAAGCAUGUGUUGACAUUUUUUUUCAAGAACGUUUUAUUUAAAUACACUAUUACAUUAAGAACACAAUUCUGUAUUCCUAACUCUAUACAGUCCCUUUCCCUACUUGUAGUCAGGUCCCCUACCACGGGUGCAAUAAAAUGUUAAACAAUAUAUUUUACUUACCUUUUUCCAGCGCUGAGGAAGCCUCUCUGCCUUCCGUGAUGAUCCAAUCUCCAACGCUCCUCACAGAGCAUGGCGAGAGCUGCACAGACAUUCAAACCUUCCCAAAGGAAAGCAUGAAUCAAUGCUUUCCUAUGUGGGCUUCCACGUUACGUGACUGAGUUUUACUUAGUCAGUACAGCAGAAUCGCCUCUAGUGGCUGUCAUGCUAAUAACCACUAGAGGUGGACCUAACUCUGCAAUAUAAACAUUGCAGUUUAUUAACCCCUUAAGACCGGAGGGCGUACUAUUACGCCCUAUUCUAAGCGGCUCUAAACGCCGCCGGGCGUAAUAGUACGCCCUCCGGUCUUUCGGUACUUACCCGGUCGCCGGCGAUCGCGGUGGGGGGGACUCCCAGGGAGCCCCCCGCGGCACGUCCGUCCUCCUCGAAGCCCCCCGGCCGUGUGAGAGUGGGGUCCUUACGAGGACCCCACAAUCACAUGGCCGGGGCUGCAGCAUUGCCAGCAGGGGGACUGCCUGUAAUGACAGGUGGUCCCCCUGCUGGCUGAAAAUAAAAAUAAAAUAAAUAAAUAGUGUAAAAAAAUAAUAUAUACUUAGAUCAUAUAUAUAUAUGAUCUAAGUAUAUAUAUACAUAUAUACAUACACACACGUACACCAUCUAGGUGUAUUUUACUAUUAAUAUAUAUAUAAUAUCAAAUUACACGUAGACGGAUACUGAUUAAAUAUAUAUAUAAUUAUUGUUAUAUAUAUAUAUUUAUAUAUAAUAUAAAAAAAAAUGUAAAUACGUUAAAAAAUAAAAUUAAAAAAAUAAUUAAAUAUAUAGAUGUGUGUUAUUUCGUUCUAACUGUAUUGUGAAAUAUAUAUACAUAUCUCAAAAUACACGUAGAACGAAAUAAUAUAUAUAUCUAUAUACAUAAAUAUAUACGUAUAUAUCACUAUAUAUAUAUAUUUUUACAUAAUUAGGUGUCUCAAUUAAUUACAAUUAGCAGGACCUGCCUGACAACCCAUGCCGAAAGUAAAGGGAAUUUAAUUUGCUAGCACUAUAUUUAACCCUAUAACUUUCCGAGACACCAUAAAACCUGUACAUGGGGGGUACUGUUCUACUUGGGAGACUUCGCUGAACACAAAUAUUAGUGUUUCAAAACAGUAAAAUGUAUUACAACGAUGAUAUCGCCAGUAAAAGUGACGUUUUUUGCAUUUUUCACGCACAAACAGCAUUACACGGACAAUAUUAUUGCUGUGAUAUUUUUUACUGUUUUGAAACACAAAUAUUUGUGUUCAGCGAAGUCUCCCGAGUACAACAGUACCCCUCAUGUACAGGUUUUAUGGUGUUUUCAAAAGUUACAGCAUCAAAUAUAAGGCUUGCGUUUCAUUUUUUUCACAUUAAAAUUCGCCAGAUUGGUUACGUUGCCUUUGAGACCCUAUGGUAGCCCAAGAAUGAAAAUUACCCCUAUGAUGGCAUACCAUUUGCAAUAGUAGACAACCCAAGGUAUUGCAAACGGGGUAUGUCCAGUCUUUUUUAGUAGCCACUUAGUCACAAACACUGGCCAAAAUUGGCAUUUUUUGCAUUUUCACACACAAACAAAUACUAACGCUAACUUUGGCCAGUGUUUGUGACCAAAUGGCUACUAAAAAAGACUGGACAUACCCCAUUUGCAAUACCUUGGGUUGUCUACUAUUGCAAAUGGUAUGCCAUUAUGGGUGUAAAUUUCAUUCCCGGGCUACUAUACAGUCUCAAAGGCAACGUAACCAAUCUGGCGAAUUUCAAUUUCAAAUGUAACGUGCUAUAUUUGACCCUGUAACUUCCCAAAACGCCAUAAAACCUGUACAUAGGGGGUACUGUCUUACACGUGAGACUUUGCUGAAUACAAAUAUGUGUAUUUUAUUGCAGUAAAAGCAAACAGUAUUAUGACAUUGACCGUUAAAAUGUCAUGUAGAACUAAAAAAAUCAAAAAAAAUCGUAUUUUCUCCCAUUUUUUUCAUAUUAAAUUAUGUUUCAUAGCUAAAUAUUUGAUAUUAAAUGAAAGCCCUGUUUCCCCUGAAUAAAAUGAUAUAUAAUAAGGGUGGGUGCAUUUAAUAUGAAAGAGGUGAAUUACAGUUGGACAGACAUGUAGCGCAAAUGCCAGGUUUUGUUUACAUUUUGUUUUGUUCACAACGUGUACAUUUGGCUCCGUCCUUAAGGGGUUAAAAACUUCUUGGCAAUUGUGUACCUUUAACUAAAUGUAGUAGCUAACUAGCAAGUAAAUGAAUUUGACUUUACCUUGUGAAACCAUCCUAAUUUUUAAUUUGAUUUUGCUGGUAAAUCAUAUUGCAUAAGUUUUAAUAUUAAACAAAAUUUGAGGUAUUUCAAAUUCACAUUUGUGAAUUAUUAUUUUUUUCUCCAUUAGAACAAGACCUUAGAAUUAGAAAGAUAAAUUAACUAUUUGUGCAUACAUUAUGUAAUUAUAUCCCUUUCUGUUAUGUUGAACCAUGUAGAAACGGGUUUCCCAAGCAGACAGCCGCUCAAGUGAUCCUGCGAGCAAUCUCUAGCCACUUCGGUUCCUCCAGCUCUUCAACUGUGAAGAAUAUUUACUUCCUCUUAUUUGACAGCGAAAGCAUCGGCAUCUAUGUGCAAGAAAUGGCAAAGCUAGACACAAAGUAGAAAGGGACGAUUCAAGACCAGCUUCACAGACCAGAACCGUUAAAAACCCGUAACAAGAUGAUUGAAAGACAUAGAUCUGAUAUUUUAUUGUUAAGAAGCUGUGAACCUUGUUUGAAAUUUUGUGCUUUGAGGACAGCUUUUGAGUUUAUUUUUUUUUUCCAUGGGUGAGGAGGUAUGUUUUGCCUAAAUGAUCCUCAUUGUGAAUUUAUUCUCUUUCUGUAACAAGCCAGCACCCCUUUGCAUUUUUAUAGAAGCUGAAACAAAGAAAUAUAUUCCUCUGUUGUCACCAUUUCUUUUUUUCUCCAAGGAUGUUAAGGAUGUUGUUCCCGUCAUAUUAUCUUACUUAUUUUGUCUGUCUUAUUAUUUUAGACUUAGUGUUAAAAACAGCUGGAUAAAAAAAAAAAAAACUUGUUUUAGAUUUGUAGUAUUGGAUUUUACAAGAGAAAUAAGACCAUGAAAUUAUUUAAAAAAUUAAGCAAACUUCUUAUA